UCGCUCGCAAAGGCAUCUUGCAUCAGCCUGAAGAAGUUCCUUUCCAGCCCGGCCUCUCCAUCUAGGGCGAGAAAGCGGAAUCUGUCUGUUCCCCUUAACCCAGUGGAUUAAACUUCUGAAAACCUCCUGUCUUCUUCCCCUAAAAGUUCAUCUUAGCAUCCAGGUAUGGACUUUAUGAUGUUUUUGAAAAACAGAAGGGUCUGCCCCUUCUCGUCCAUCUGAGCGAAGCAGCAGCAAGGAAGCUCGCCUCCUUCCCUCAAACAAAGACUAGUCCAGUUUGGAAUGGCGUAAAGCGGGGAAAUAAGAGUACGAAGCGAGGGGAUAGAAGUGUACGUUUCCCAGGCAGACCUUUCAUACGAAGAAUUAAGUAUAUAUAUAUAUAUUUAAAGAUUGUUUGCAUGCCAGGCCAAACUGCUUGAUUAACGAUUCCCUUGACGGUUAUGAAAAAUGGGAGGCAUUUUCAAAGAGGAGGCUUUGGAGCUAGAGGAAAAUGGAGAUUUAGCUCCAUUUUAGCUUCCGCGGCUUAUAAAUUAGAAGUUAUUCAAGAGUUGAGGAUUGCAACUUGUGUAAAAGUGUUUCCGUUGAGAGGCUAUAACAUACACGGCCCUUUUUUAAAAAAAUCGGAUGCGUGUGUGUGCCUCGUGACAACCCUGUUUUUCAUUAGUGCUCCUCCUUUUGUUGGUGGCGCCGACAGCUCAUCCAAGCAAAGGCAGCUGGUCCAGCCUCCGAAAAGCCCCAAGGCCCAGAGGUCUUGCAACAGAACCCUGGCUAUUUCCCUUCUUCUGGAGCCGCGAUUCAGGAAGGCCUGGCUGGGGGAGCGAAGGGAGACCUUUAAUUCUGCUAGUUACAGAAUCUGAAUGUGAUUUUUCAUUUUACAUUUGCACUGGCACAUGCAUCUCCAAAUGACAAAGGGCACUACACACGUGACUUGUUUUAGGUGUAGCUCUCAAAUGAUUUAAGAACAUGCCUCAAAUUACACACAUAAAUAUAAACCAUCUUUGUUUACAUUCUCAUCAGGGAUUGACUCCAAUUCCUUGUUAAGUGUAUAUUCACAUUUGCUGUUGUGUAGUGAGUGAAAAAGUCCCAGGGAACAUAAAAAGUAACAUAAAGUGGCAUACAUUACAAUAAUAUCUUAUACUUGGUGUAGAGAAAGUGGAUAGAGAAUGCUUUCUUCCUCUUGAGACUUGACCCUAAAACUUGUCCCCUAGUAGAACUGGUGGUUGGUAGUUUCAGGACAGACCAAAGAAGAACACAUGAUAAAGCCAUAAGAAAUGGCUCUAGUUAUCAUGGCCAUUGGUCUAGACAGGGGUGGAGAAAGGGGGUGCGGUGGAGGUGGUCUGCCCCAGGUGUCACCACUGAGCGGGGUGACAAAAUGCCGGGCGGCACUCAUUGCGGGGCCUGCAGCGCGCCUGAGCCACACGUCUCUCCUGGGAGUGAGACGGUGGCUUGAGUGCCUGUAGGCUCUGCGCUGCCCAGAUGGUCCAACCUUAAGAAAUGCUUUAGAAAACAUUAAUAUUAUGAGAAAAUGCAAUUUUGGUAAUUAGGCAGAUUGUCAUGUUUUGAUAUAAUAAUAAUAAUAAUAAUAAUAAUAAUAAUAAUAAAUUUAUUUAUUAUUUAUACCCCGCCCAUCUGGGCGGCUUCCAACAUAACACUAAAAUACAAUAACCUAUUAAACAUUAAGAGCUUCCCUAAACAGGGCUGCCUUUAGAUGUCUUCUAAAAGUUUGGUAGUUAUUUUUCUCUUUGACAUCUGGUGGGAGGGUGUUCCACAGGGAGGGUGCCACUACCGAAAAGGCCCUCUGCCUGGUUCCCUGUAGCUUUGCUUCUCUCAGUGAGGGAACCACCAGAAGGCCCUCGGCGCUGGACCUCAGUGUCUGGGCAGAACGAUGGGGGUGGAUAAAAAUACCAUGAAUAAUAAUAAUAAUGAUAAUAGCAAUAAUAAUCCUCUCACCUUUGCAAAUCAACAAAUGCAGCAUCUCCCUUCCACUCGAGGAGAAGCACUAACAAUGCUGCCAAAGGAAGUUUUCAUUAGCAUAGUUUUCAUCAUAUUGCAGUCAAUUUUCUGCAGUUUUGACUUGGAGAGACCCCUGGUUUAGUCAAGCUGCAAACUGAGGUCAGAGCAACUCAAAUCCUUGCUGUUAGAUUUGUUUAAAAUGGAGCAGAUUGCUGCCAAGAGCCUGAUCCUUAGUAUGGAAGGGAGACUACAAUUCCCAGCAUGCUUUCCCCACCAAGCCUCGAAGGGGCCUGUUAGCAUUCUGUCCAGGAGCUAAGAGCCAAAAUCCCCAUUUUCCGUUAACUGCUAAUGUAUGCAAUGCAGGUGCACUCUGGCUUCCGCCACGGGGUCCAGAGCGGUUGAGUCCUGCUGGCCACAUGACCCGGAAAGCUGUCUGCGGACAAAUGCCGGCUCCCUCGGCCUGAAAGGGAGAUGAGCGCCACAACCCCAGAGCCAAAUUCAAGGGGACUUAACCGUCCAGGGUCCUUACCUUACUUUUACUUAAUGUAUGUGCCUCUAAAAGGACGAUGCCCCAGCUGAUGUGGGCCCUUAAAUAUGGGAUAAGUAAUUUGUGUGUGUGCUACAAAGGAUUGAAUCUUUUAAAAAAAGGGGGGCGGUUCUGUUUUCUGAGUUUACACAUUGCUGCCAAACACUCAGCACUCAAUAGCCAGAUGAUUUCUUCUGGAAAUUUCUUAGGUUAUGUAUUUUUAGUAUGUAAUGGGGAAAGGGAUAAAUUGUUCAGGAAUUACAGAGUGACUGAAUGUAUAGCAAUGCAGUCUUUAGUAAAAUGUUAUUCUAUUCUCAUCGAUGUUUUAGAAUAUGUGGAAUACUUUUUAAUGGAGUUUGACUGCUGCUUUAGACCUCAGCAGGGUUCUGUCCCUUCUAAACAUUUCAUUUGGAGUAUUAUUUUUUAAUUGAGUAUUUAUUCUGAUUUGCUUGCACAAAGUUUAUGCAGAGGCUAGAUCAUAUGCAGUCAUUUACUGAGCAUUUGUUCUUAUUUGUUUGUGGGGUAUUUAAACGUCUUCUCAUUAAUCAUUUGUUCAUCCAAUACAGUCAUACCUUGGUUAUCGAACUUAAUCUGUUCUGGGAGUCGGCUUCCAAUUGGCUGCAGGAGCUUCCUGAACUCAAGUGGAAGCCUUGUCAGAAGUUCGGCUUCUAAAAACGUUCACAAACUGGAACACUUACUUCUGGGUUUGUGGCAUUCAGCGGCUGACUUGUUUGUCAACUAAGCUGUUCAGUAAACAGUGCAUUUCCCUGUCACUUUCUAAACUGAAAAAGGCCCAGUUCUUAAAAAAUAAAAGUGGAUUUCUUGUGUCAGGGCAACAGAGCACUUUAAUCUCACUUAAUUUUGCAAACAGGGGCGGGGGGGAAACCAAUUGUUUUGAAAAUGUUUAUGUUUAUGCUUCCCCCCACCUUGAAAUUUAAUAAAAUAUUUAAUUGUACAAACCCAAAGUACCUCUAUAGAGUUUAGACUGUCAGUAUAUUUGGGGGGCUAGGGGAUUUUCAAGCACAUACCAGAACUUUGUUUGCACAUUUAAAGUGUAUUAAAGGUUCCUGCAUAACCUUUGUGAAAACAAAUCAGGAUGAAUUAUGAAUAAACAGGUUGUCCUUCCUACAAAUAAUGAGGGCUUGUCUACAUUUGCACUUCUGCCAUGCUUAGAAAGAACUGGUCUGAGCUGUUUACCUUUAGCCUGCUCCUUUCCAAGGGAAAUCCUGCUCUUUAGUGAUAGAUCAGAACAAAUGGCAAUCCAGGGAAAACCCAAAUUGCUGUUUGCUCCGAUUGAGCAUUAAAGAGCUAUUUCCCCCAAGGGAAGGCGGCUUGACAAGAGGAAGUGUGGCAUCCUUACCAAAUGUAGCCUAGAUGGCUCUAGGACUGCCAGAGCUAGAUCCAAGAUCCAGAGCAGUUUCUUCUUCUUUUUUAUAGCACCUGGAAAGAAAGGUGUUGUUUACCCCACUUGAGUUCGCAAUGUAGCCCUGUUAGGUGGUCAAAGAAGGCACAGGAGAGCACACACUGGUCUCUCACCCUUAACAUUCCUGCUCCUAUAAUCCCCGCUGUUGCGCAUUCCAACCCCAUGCAAGGUCCGAAAGGCAGCUUGUAUGCACAUUUAGCAGAACAUGUUUAGGAUGUCCCUUCAGACCUUCACACGAAACGCUUGAAGAACUGAAGAGGAGGGUGCAGCCUGCACAGAGAUGUUGGGAGUGGGGCCAGCAUGGGUGCCCCCAGCUGCCCCCCCCCCCAGUUUGUGCUCUCACACAGUCUCCUGGAUGCCUGAAUAGGGCUUAACUAAGACAUAAGACAACCCAAACCAAAUGAAGCCCUGGUCAUGUUUAAUGACCACUAGGAGCUCACUAUGCCCACAGGUAUUUUAUUUUAUUUUAUUAUUUUAUUUAUUUAUUUAGGGGUUUUUUUAUUAAAGAUUUUCUUGAUUUACAAAAGUGUGUGCAAUGUCUCUCUCGUAUUUUUCCCCCAUGUAACAUUUUUACAUAUCAGUUUCAUUAGUUGAGACAUUAGGAAGAAAAGGGGGAAAGAGGUGGAGGGGGGAGAGACAGGUUGGGGGUGAGGUCGGGUGGCGAUGUUUCUGUUUUAUGUACUAUAUGUGGGGUUUGGUGUCAGCGUUGCUUGUGCAGGUUCUCUGCUGCCCACUUGUGUUCCUUCGGUGGUGAGAGAGGUUGGGGUUGGCCCAGGGUGUGGUUAUUCAUGUGUGGUUGGCUGUGGUGGUCUUGGUUUUCGUGUGUGAGUGGGGUGGGUGGAUGUUUUGGAUCAGGUUAGCCAUAUUGAUUUGUAUGCUGUUGGUGGAUUUUUGUCAUUGUCUUGUUGGGCUGUGUAUGUGAUAAAGGGGAGCCAUACCGGGGUGAAGGUGUCUUCUUCUAUUUGUCCCCGUGUCAGUUUCACUACAACCACAGGUGAUGGCUGGGGGCUGCAUUCAGCUUGAUACAUUAGGGAGGACUUACCGUACUUCGUUAUUACAGGGGAUCCAGAUGGAAUUCUGUUCAGGCCAACUGCAUUUUCCCAGUGCUUAAACACACAACUCUUCGUUGUUGUCAGCAUGUGAUUGACCUCUUAGUUAGAUCCAAAGAGCCAUGUUAGUCUGUUGUAUCAAAAACCAAAAAGUGCCACAAUACUCUCUUGGUUAGUAUUUCUGUGGGUAUAUCCACACUUCCGUUUGCCCUGCCACUUUCUCUUGGGGAAAGCCACAGUUUACCGCUGAAUCGGAUCCAAAUCAGCAGUAAAGAGGGUGUUUUCUCAGGAAAAGUGGUGGGACAAGCAGAAAACCUCUUGGAUUUCUAGGUAUAGGACAAGCAGGCAUAUGGAUGAGCUCUGAAAAGCCAGCAAGAUUGGGCUGCUUCUUCCUCCUCCCCUGUCAUCUGGUUAGCAGCCAUUCCGUCAGGCUCCCUCAGUGGGAGAAAUGAGAAGCAGGGCUCCUUCCAUCAGGUGCCUCCUACCUGUGAUCUGUUUCUAUUCCAUCUUCUCAUUUUAAGAACUGCUGUUCAGCAUUAAGGUCCACUCUUUAAAGCUCCGUGUCUGAGCACCCUCCCCUCCCACCUCAUUUGCUCCAGAGCUUUCCUGUUCUUUAAAGCUUAAUGAGAGCAAACAGCUAUCCAUGGAAAACUCAAAUUGAUGUUUGUUCUGAUCGAGUUCUAAGGAGCAAGUUUUCACAGGGAAAGGUUUGGGGCAAAAACACAAACACUCGGACGGGGAGCUUUAAAGGGUGGAGCAGUGCCUGGAAAAAGCAGGGCAAAAGGCAAGUGUGGAUAAGCCCUAAGUUUUGGCACCAAAGUGAGCUUUUCCUCGCUUCCCUCCCUGCCCCUUUCCUCAAGAGCCAUGCCUUUUAGAUGGUAAGCCUACAGCCAGGCCUUGUCAUUUUAAAACUGAUGAUACGUGAGCCACUCUGCAGAGACAUAGCAUGGGGGCAGGCUGUGGGGGCCUUGGCCCCGGCACAAUUUUGUGAGGGGUGCAAACAGGCACCCCUACAGCAGGUUCCUUCAUCGGAGCCUGGCUCUGCACAAGGAGGAGCUGCCCCUUGGCUGUGGCGUUCAUGCCUGGCGCAGCUACGCCCCCAAGUCAGGCUGAGAACAGGAAGGGGGCGGCAGCACUGCCACACCCGCCUCAGCCACAGCACACCUUGCGCCCAGCCACAGCAGCUCUGCCACCGGGCCACGUCUGACCCUGCGGUGGAGAGCAGCCCACCUCAGCCGCAGCAAGGCACGCCUGGCCGCAGAGAGAAGGGGGAAUGUGGGCAGCAAAGCUGCCUCCCACUCUCUUUGGCUUUGGCCUGGCUGUAGCAGCUCCACCACUGAGUCUGCCCUGACCCAGCAGUGGAGAGCAGGAGGAGAGUGGGUGGCAGCUUCCCUGCCCCUCUCCUACCCUAAACUGUGGUGCACGGAGGUCACCUUCUGCGCCCCGCCCCCCUCGGGGGUGCGCCUCAGGCCGUGUGGGCAUGCACUCCGCUGCUGCCACUCUGGGAGCCUUUCUGGCAUAAGAGUAGGGUACAAAUGCUCCAAAUGAACAAACUGUGCUCUGUGGAGAGGAAUGCACAUCAAGUCAAUGUCAUAGGUUCCAGGAUUGCCAGACAACCAAGGGUGUGACCGGCCAUUGUUUAGAUUGGAGGUUUGUGUGUGUGUAUUCCUUGCAAGGUCAUUCCCAUCUGUUUUUUUACUUCUGUAUGUUAGACCAGCCUUCACCCACCUGGUGCCCUCCAGAUGUUGGGGUUUGAAGGUGUGGGGGCAGCAGCAAUGAUGGCAGGGGGAUCUGUAAAGGAUCCUGAAGCUGCUGAACACAAAGAGGUCUGACUAGCCAGCCUCCACCAGAUUUUGGAGGGUUCAGCAGACCAUGUCCAUAAGUUUCCUUAUGGAAGACUCACAACCAUGAAUGAUAGAAACUUGAAAGAAGGUAUCUAGGUGGAAUGAGAUCUGCGCUGGUGUAGCAAGCUUCUGAACAAGUAGAAUGAAUAUCCUCAGUUUUGGUGAUGGCAAAUUGUAAGUGCAAAGAAAGCUAAAGGGAGGUGAGUCAACUGUGCAGAAAAUCUAAGUUGGCUUUUUACAGGAACGUUGUUCCAUUUUAAGAGUUUUUAAACAGAUUCAUGAGCUCUGAGUUCCUGCUAUAUCAGUUACAAAGCCUAGGAAAUAAGGAAAGUCUUUGAUAUGUUUUGAUACCUUAAGCAUGCUGUAGCACAAACAAGAUGUGUGGCAAAUGAAUGGAAUAUUAAGUGUAUUUUCACUGGUGAGUCAUCAUGUAAUUCAUGGAUUAUCCAGGACUUUAAGUACAAAACUCUGCAUUCUUGAUAGAUAAAUCAAAGGAAGACACCAAUGCUAUGUAGAGCCCUCAUCUUGAGCCAUAGAACCUGUUGUCUCCACUGCUAUGGUUUUACCUUGGACUGCAUGAAAUUGGUUAUUUAUGGAGCCAAAAAGUUUUAUUGGGAAUUAGUUGAUUGAUUUUUUUAGUCUGUGGAGUUCAAUUUGAAUCGGGGCACUUUUGAUCCUUCAGUUUCUCAAAAAGGUACCUAUGCCAAUUUCUUCAAAGGUAAGCAAGGAAUUUGUAACUGAAUAAAAUAAGGGUGGUUAAUCAGCUAAAUCUACAAUCCCUACACCUCUGAAUCGACAUGUGUGAGAUCACUCUGUUAAUUUCUUCAAUCAGUCGACAGCACUGCUUGGUUUUAAAAGGACCAUUUUCUAACGUCUGGUAAAGAUAUAUACAUAGUAUAGAUAAAAUCUGGAUGACAUACAAGUUACUUCCCCAUCUAGGGAAACAGGACAUUUUCUUGACUUUAUAAGUGCAGUCCUUUCAGCAAAGCAAGGUUCAAACUUUAAGCUAGCUCUCACUGAUUCCAAGUUUCAAGAUUGUUUUCUAGAAGACGGUGCUAUGGCCCUCAAACCUACAGUGCCAGCCUUAGGGGUGGGUGAGCUGUGGUGCUCAGCUGAGGGCAUGCCAAGCUGAGCUCAGAGGCCGGGUCUUUUUAAAGUACUGUCUGCCAUGAACAGGGACGGUCCACCCCGUUUUGCCACCUGAAGCAAAAUAGGAAUGUGCCGGCUCCAGGGCCGCCACUUCCACCACUGCCAGAACGCCUCCUCUCGCCAAAACUCAGCAGAGGUGGGCAUGAGUGGCAAUGCCGUGUGUGUUAGUUUGUGAGGAUCUACUCUUGGUUCCUUUUCACAGCAGAGUUUCCACAGAAAAGUCUUCCUGCAUCAUUACAGCACCAGCAGCAGUCCAGCUUUCUCUUGGGAAAUUCCCAUUACAGGAAUAAACACCUCACCCAUUUGGCUCCUUUCCUAAUGUCUUUGUUUUUCUUUAUGAUGACCAGUGUAAAUAAUAAACAAAGAAACAAAACAUAAUCUUUUCACUCCUCAGCCAUCCAGCCAGAGAGACAUGCUGACUCACUCACAUACUGAACAUUCAUUAACACUGACCCAGACUUAGUUGAUUGCAUGCCCUGAUAAGGACACCUGUUGGCGGGGAAAUUUCUGUUGCUUGGCAACUGUUCAAGGCCUUUACAAGUUUCUUCUGGCAAUAUGUCAACAAUGCGACAGAAAUGGUGUGUCAGGCAGGGCACCGCCUCUUGCACUUCCAUCACCUGAGGUGGCUGCUUCAACCUGCCUAAUGGGUGGGCCACCUCAGGCAAUGAGCUGGGUGGGGAGCACAUGUUUGUAACCCUUUUCUUCCAGAUUGUUUGGGUACUAAGGACAAAAAAUGAGCUUUAAAGUAUUUAAUUUAAUUUCCGCUUUCAUGUCAUUUGUGGUAGGUAAAAACCAGUGGGACAUGCCUUUACCUUGGGGCAACAUUAACAAGCACCUAGCACUUCAAAUGGGGACGCGGGUGGCGCUGUGGGUAAAACCUCAGUGCCUAGGACUUGCCGAUCGUAUGGUCGGCGGUUCAAAUCCCCGCGGCGGGGUGAGCUCCCGUCUUUCGGUCCCAGCUCCUGCCCACCUAGCAGUUCGAAAGCACGUCAGAGUGCAAGUAGAUAAAUAGGUACCGCUUUAUAGCGGGAAGGUAAACGGCGUUUCCGUGUGCUGCGCUGGUGCCGGUUCGCCAGAGCAGCUUUGUCACGCUGGCCACGUGACCCGGAAGUGUCUCCGGAUAGCGCUGGCCCCCGGCCUCUUAAGUGAGAUGGGCGCACAACCCUAGAGUCGGACACGACUGGCCCGUACGGGCAGGGGUACCUUUACCUAGCACUUCAAAUGCUAUAAGCACUAUGUAAAUGAUAAGAAACUAAAGCUGAAAGAGGUCAGAUGGAUACCAUUUUUAUUUAUAACUUUUAUUUAUUAUUUUUAAAGAUGAAAAUGGGCCAUUCUAAAAUAAAUAAAGCUCAAUGAAAGAUAGGAAAGGCAACAAGGCAAACAAUGUUAAAAGUUAAAUGAGACAGUUGCUAGGCUUGUCACAUGGUUGCUACAGUUCCAUGGUUUGGGGCAAUGGUAAUUUUCAGUGUUUAAAAAAAGCAGGAAGGGAAGAAGGCGGCGGCAGCAGCAGCAGCAGCAGCAGCAGCAUCUUGGAAGACAGCCGUCUAUAGGGAUCCCUUCCCUUUAGAACUAGUGAUGCCCCUCCAGCAGAGGCGCACCUGAGGAGGGAGUGUUGGGCCCAAGAAGAAGAGCUUGCAGCAGGAGUCAUUUUGUGCAUCUGCUGAACAUAAUCAUAGAAUCAGAGAGUUGGAAGAGACUCUAAGGACCAUCCAGUGCAGUGGUAGCGAACCUAUGGCACAGUGCCAGAGAGGGCACUUGGAGUCCUCUCUGGUCACCGUGCCAUCGCCCCAGCAGGGCCCUAGCUUCCACUCCUCUUGCAGGCAAGUAGGACUGGGGUCAGGCUGAGGAGCGCCUGGCUGCCUUCAGGUGGUGCAGGGGCUCUCAGGUGCAGCUUCCGGGCUGCCUCCACCUCCCCCAACCCCAGCAACUAUUCAGCUUGGCUGCCUUCACGGGGCUGCAGGGGAUCUGAUGAGGAGGUGGGGGCUCCUUUAAACUUCUCCCUUGAGGGGAGUGCAGCCGCAAACCCCUCAAUGGAAAGUGUGACGGAGUCUGCACCUCCACAGCUGAGCAGCCCAAUCCCACUCCUACUUGCCUGCAACAUCCCUUGCCUGCUCGCUUGCCACUGGCCCAGCCUUGCCUCACUCAGCGUUGGGCCUGUCAGAGCUGGAGGAGGGGGUGGUUGCUGUUGUGGCAGCGGCAGAGGGACCCAGCGCUGGAGGGCGGCAGGUGCCUGCUUGCUUGCUGCCCAGCCUGCCUUCCCUCACUAGGAAAACAGAAGUGUGGCACUCAAAAUGGAAGUUCUACUCAGAACAGAGCAUGCUCGGCUUCCGAAAAAAGUUCCAAAACCGGAACACUCAUUUCCGGGUUUGAAGUGUUCAGUUUCCAAGUAGUUCGAGAACUGAGGUACCACUGUAUUUAUUUCCCCCAGUUUGAAGUGUAUUUAUUUCCCCCCCAGUGGUGAUUUUAUUGAGUCAAAAUGAGAGUACCCCUAAACAUUCUUUUAGAAAAAAAGCACUGAGUUAUACCAUAACAUUAUAUAUCAAUAGAAAUAUAAUUUAAUGAAGAAUGUAAUGCAAUAACUUUUAUGAAGGAUUAUUUAUUACAACAGCAGUCAUAAAGAAGAAAUGUGAAACACAGAGAAAAAAAUGAGAUAUUGCCGUGUUGGCACUUUGUGAUAAAUAAGUGGGUUUUGGGUUGCAGUUUGGGCACUCGGCCUCUAAAGGUUCGCCAUCACUGACCUAGUGCAAUGCAGAAAUAUGCACUGUCUCAUAUUGGGAUCCAACCUGCGACCUUGGCAUUAUCAGCACCACCCCGAGACUAUAAGCCUACAAGGCAAUGGGAGCCAUCCUUAGAGAGCCACCUGCACCACAUGGCAGAGACUUCACUGGGAUCCCAGCAAAUGGAGCAGCAAAGAGGCGGCAGCUGGGCCUGGCGCUUUACAUAGGCAUCCCUGGGAGUAGCAGGUCUGCUACACUGCUAGGUUUGGCAAUCCUGCACAAGCCACGCAACUCGGCAACACUGCAAAAAGCUGCAGCGCUGCCCAGGGGUUGUGGGGUGGGAAGCCAUGGGGGCAAUUUCCCGCAGGCCCACACAAAGCAAGGGCUCCCAUGCCUCAGUUCCUGGGUGGACCAUUGGCCGCCAAUGGUGAGUGAACACCUCCUGAGAUUUCCAGACAAGGUGCCACCGGAGGGUAAUUUCCUGUGGCAAAUUCCAGAGGAAGAGUCAUAGGAAUGCAAUAUGAGGCCAGGCUUUAAGGGAGGAAUCCUUCCCUUCUGAGUGAGUGGGGAAGGCCACAACCAGAAGACCCGUGAGGCUGAGCUCCGGGAAGCAGAUAGAAGCUCCACUGAGAGGGGACAACCCAAUUCCUGUUCCUGUUUCCCCACGUAAAAAAGAAUGUAGCGCUUCUAUCGUUUUGUUUAAUCCCAAGGCUAGGAGGAGUGGUAGGCAAUAAUGUGCGGUCUGUGUAUGUGGUAGUUCUCGCAUGUGGUUCUUUUGAUGCAGCUUAAUUCAUGGUUCUUCCUGAAUCCUCCUUUUAGUAUUGUUCCUAGGUACUUAUCACGUUCUGUAUUACUCAGUGCAACUACAGCGGUAUGGUUUGUUGCAUUUUCUUUUUCAUACUUUGCUGGCUUUAAUCUUCUUAUGCCAAAAAUUCCAAUAACGUUUUGAUUAAAAAUAUAUGUAAUUGCCUGUGGCCCUCAGCUUUGUACACACACGAAUGGGUCCUUGCGGGGAACAGCAUGAGGGCCCAUAACAGCACACCUGUAUCCCGAGGUGAACCUAGGCUCCCUUGUGCCCUGGGCAAGGAGUUUUACUGGCACCCCCCUCCUUUGCACCCUUGCCAGAGGAGCCUGAGCCAACCAGAGCAGUGGAGGAGCGGUCCAGGGAGUGUGUGGAUGGGCUCUGAUCCACUCCAAGCCAGAGUGGAGAGGCACAAUUUUUGUACCCUCCUGGACAUGGGAACUUGGCGGGGAUGAGCUUGGCCAACCCCUAGGUGUGCCCUGCCCCAUACACCCUCUGGGCAGCCCUGCGGUGCUGGCCAUGGUGGGGGGAGGUGACCAAAGGCACCCCUGGCUCAAAAUGCUAUUUAUCCUAUCGCUGCAACUCGGAGCCUGCUGGGCCCUGGUAACCAGGGACACUUUCUUUCUGCAUAGGCAGAUGUGCUGAUUAAGGACAUGCACCUGAGCAUAAACAAAGGGCCUUUCCUUCAAUGAGCCAUUCUAGUUAGCUGAAGGGAGUGGGGUCAAUAGCCUAGGGCACUGGGAGUGAGCCCAACUGAGUUAUGGCUGCCAUAUUUCCAAAAGUGAAAAUUUGGACACAAAAGUUGUUGACAGGGCUUUUUUUUUUAGAGAGAAUCAGUUCUGGCACCUCUCAGGUAGGCAUCAGUGCUAUUCUAAGAAAAAGAGGGGGGCAUUCUUGGCGCAUUCCGGCACCUCUUUUUCUAGAAAAAUAGCACGGGGGGUAGGGGCAAAGUUGGUGAGCUAAAAAAAAUAUGAAGUUUUUGAGCUAAAACUUCAUAUUUUUUGAAGUUUUGAGCUCAAAAACUUCAUAUUUUUUUUAGCUCACCAACUUUGCCCCUACCCCCCGUGCUAUUUUUCUAGAAAAAGAGGUGGAAAUUUUUAGGAAAUUUUUAGGAAAUUUGCCAAAAAAAUCAACACCCUAAGCUGAGUCAUAUGAUUUAAGUGUGUGUCUUUGGGUAAACACGUGGAAUGUUCCAUUGUUCUAGGUUGAGGAGCUGAUUUUAUUUCAUUCAUUCUAUUCUUGCCUUUCAGUAUUCACAUUGUAAACAUUCUAAUGAAUUUUAAAAUAAUUCUUGGGGCUCUAUCAAAUAUGCCAGAAAUAGAUUUCAGCCAUAUGAGGCUGCCGGCUUCUUUUUUAGGCAUUACACCUGUGCUUUUAACAGUAACUGGAAGCAGAAGCAAUAAACAAUGGAGUAGGCAGAAAAAUAUUUAUCGAUCCCAUGUGUUUCCAACCCAACUAGUCCUUCAGGGUAUUUUGGAGAUGAGCGGUUCAAAACUGAGUUGUGCUUCCACUUCUAUUUCUUACGCUAUCAAAAGAAGUAGAAGAGGUGGCACCUCUGAAUUUUGCGUAUUGUACAACAGGCUAGUUGAGCAAGAUACAUCGUAUUGUGCAAAUGGGAGAUCAGUAUUUGAAUAUGUCUCAUGUGCAAAGGAAGUGAGUAGGGCUGGGUGAUAGUUUUCAACACUGUGAUGUAUCACCACCUAAAUAGCACAAUAUUUUGAGAUAUCACGAUGUCUCAUAGCAUGCUUCAGCUCAUACAUGCCAACUCUCCCUGUGGUGGUGGGGCCUUGCAGCCUCCUGACACGUGUGAAAUCAUGUGCACGCGAUGAUCUGCCCCCCAUGUCUCAGCACCUCUGCUUCAACUAAACCAUGGGUAGGCAAACUAAGGCCCAGGGGCCAGAUCUGGCCCAAUUGCCUUCUCAAUCCAGCCUGCGGAUGGUCUGGGAAUCAGUGUGUUUUUACAUGAAUAGAAUGUGUGCUUUUAUUUAAAAUACAUCUCUGGGUUAUUUGUGGGGCAUAGGAAUCCGUUCAUCCCCCCCCCAAAAAAAUAUAGUCCGGCCCCCCACAAGGUCUGAGGGACAGCGGACUGGUCCCCUGCUGAAAAAGUUUGCUGACCCCUGAUACUAAACCAUUAAAGAUUUCUGGGGAAUAUAUUACAGUUGUAUGCAGUUUUGUGGGCAUUUUUAAAAUUUAAGGAAGUAGUAGAUUUAGUAAAAACAUUAAAUAAACUUCCAUAUGAUAUACUGAAUAUAUUUUCAACUAAUUUAAGAGUAUGUAGUUUAAGUGAUUUCCUAGUCAAGUUGCAUCUGCUUCCCCACUCAGAGGUCUGAGUGGAAUUCUAUGCAUGCAUAAGCCCCACUGAGUUCAACUAAACUUACUUCUACUUUCUUGGGAGUAAGCCCCAUUGAACUGAGUGGGGCUUGUUUGUGAGUAGACACACAUUUGAUUGCACUGCUUAUGGACAAACACACUCCCCAUCAAUCUCACAGUACCCAACCUUCCAAUUCAGCAUGAGGCAGUCAGAUAAAUUUCCCCUCCAUUUCCCCCAUCUCCUCAGUCUCUCCCUUUUUAUCAAAGGGAUAAAAGGGAUAGCAAGCAAGGAGACAGACUCCUCUAAACAAAAUAUUUUAAAAAACCUUCCUUUUUAAUAUGGACGGAUGCUGUUUAGGGGAAACCAACAAUGUAAACACCACCAGAAAAUAAAAAUGAAAAGAAAGGGGGGUGGGGGACAUGAGGGAAGAAAAAUGAAGAAGGCAAAGCAAAUAGAAGGCAAAGGCAGCAAAAGUAUCUGUUUAGGAAAUCGGUUGCCACGGCUUCUGCUUUCCAGAUCUGUUUUGCCUUUCUGCAUCUCUUUCUUUGUUUAUGUUCUUUGUUUACAUUGCUUCUGGAUUUUUAAUUGUCUGGGGGGGGGGGUUGCUCCUGGAUUGGUAGCAAGUUUUGCAUAAUUAGUUGAGCUAUGCUUAAAGGGGUGGUUUGUGUGCUUGCGAGGGGUUAUUGGGAAAUUGGCCGCAGCCGAGGGCUUAUUGCUUAUUUCUCAGCUAGGGAAAGAUGGUGGCUGCCUUCUUGCCAAGAAAAGUAUCAAGAAAAGUUACUGGUUCAGUGAGAGCAAGAAGUUAAGCCAGGGGUCAGCAAACUUUUUCAGCAGGGGGCCGGUCCACUGACCCUCAGACCUUGUGGGGGGCCGGACUAGAUUUUGAAGGGGGAGAAAUGGAUAAAUUCCUAUGCCCCACAAAUAACCCAAAUAGCCCACAAAUGCAGACAAUUCUAACAAGAAAUAACAGUAGGAGGCAUCUAAAGAAACCAAUGUGGCUGCAUAAAUCUCUUACAGAUGAGCUGAGAUUUAAGAAGGGCAUGUAUAAGAAAUGGGCCCAAAUUAACAAAAUGAAUCUCAAUAGGUACAAAUGUCAGGUUCUGCACUUAGGCAGAAAGAACCAGAUGCACAAGUUUAAGAUGGGGACACCUGGAUUGCCAGUAGUACAUGUGAAAAGGAUGUAGGUGUAUUAGUAGACCACAAGCUUAACAUGGGUCAACAGCGUGAUUCAGAAGUAAAAACUGUGAGUGAUAUUCCAGGCUGUAUCAAAGUCUAGUGUCCAGAUUGAUAGAAAUCAUAGUACCACUCUAUUAUUAUUUGGUUGGACCACACCUGGAGUACCGUGUCCAGUUCUGGGCACCACAAUUUAAGAAAGAUACUGACCAGUUGGAACGUGUGCAGAGGAGGGUGACCAAGAUGAUCAGGAGUGUGGAAACCAAGCCUUUUGAGGAAUGGUUGAGGGAGCUGAGUAUGUUAGGCUGGAUAAGAGGAGACUGAGAGGAUAUGACAGCCAUCUUCAGAUAUAUAAACGGUUGUCAAAUGGAAGAUGGAGCAAGUAUGUUUUCUCCUGUUCUGUAGGGUAGGACCCAAACCAAUGGCUUCAAGUUACAAGAAAGGAGAUUCUGGCUAAACAUCAGGAAGAACUUUUUGAUGUUAAGAGCAGUUCAACCGUGGAACGGACUCCCUCAGAGGUGGUGGACUCUCCUUCUUUGGAGGUUGGAUGACCACCAGUCAUGGAUACUUUAGUUGAGAUUCCUGCAUUGCAGAGGGUUGGACUAGAUGACCCUCGGGGUCCCUUCCAACUCUACAAUUCAAUGAUUCUAUGAUACUAUAAAGCUCUAGUUCAGCUUUGAUUGGGGGUGCAUUUAUCUCUUAUUAGUUACUUCACUGUAAACAUUGUUUACUGCCCUUCAACCAAUGAUUGCCGUUAAAAAUAAAAUAAUACAAUAAAACCUAAACACAUUCACACAAAAGAAUCAAGAGCCCAUGUGAUUAAAAGCAGCACAUGUUUAUGCAUGUCUACUCAAGUAGUUCUAGAAGACUUGCAGCAUAAGAAAACAACGGCCCAAGUUUUUCUGGAUGAUAAAGCUGUGAUGGUUGGGGCUGCUAGGAGUUGUAGUCCAAAAUGUCUGGAGGGCACCAAGUUGGUGAAGGUUGAGCUUGAGCAAUUUCCAUCCAUCUUCAGGCCCUGAAAAAUGACCUAUGCCAAGAAUGUAAGAGGGAGAGGCAUCCCUGCUGGUUUUGCCUGGACCCCUCAGUUACUGUCCCAAAUACAGUAUGCUUCUAAAUCAUUUCAUCUGGUCAGGGAAAUUGCAGGCAGGUUGAAAUCUCAAGUCGGAUUCUUAGUAGGAUUUUUAUCUCUUGCUUUCCUAGUUAGUGGGGUUUUCCUAAUUCCCUUAAGAGCAAAAGUGGGAAGAAGGCAUGUCUGAUCCAAAACCCUUGUACAUUCAGCCCUCCCUUUGAGGGGUCCAUGGAUUUCUAGGACAAUUUUCAAAUGUGAUUAUGGGUCAGAAAUCCCCACUUUGGGGAAGGGCCAUAGCUCAGUGACAGGGGACCAGUGUUGCAUGCAAAAGAGCCAAGGUUCCAUGUAGGGCUGGGGAUGCUGUGUGCCUGAAACCCUUGACUGCCACUGCCAGUCAGUGUAGGCAGUACUGAGUUCGAUGGAUCCGUGGUCUGACUUGGGUGGUAUAAGGCAGCUUCCUGUGUUCUUCUUGGGCUUGAACUAAUUUCAACAUAGAAAUGGCUUAUUUUUCCUCUCAGUUCACAUUAAAGCAGUGUAAUAAGUAGGUGCUCUAUUCUAACAGAUAUACGGGAUGCAGGUAGCGCUGUGGUCUAAACCACUGAGCCUCUUGGGCUUGCUGAUCAGAAGGUCGGUGGUUUGAAUCCCUGCGAUGGGGUGAGCUCCCGUUGCUCUGUCCCAGCCCCUGCCAACCUAGCAGUUCGAAAGCAUACCAGCAUGAGUAGAUAAAUAGGUACCUCUGAUGCAGCAAGGUAAACAGCUUUUCCAUGCGCUCUGGCACUCGUCACAGUGUUCUGUGCACCAGAAGUGGUUUAGUUAUGCUGGCCACAUGACCCAGAAAAGCUGUCUGCUUUCAAGCUCCCUCAGCUUGAAGAUGCCGCACUCCUUAAUCACAUUUGACUGGACUUAACUCUCCAGCGGUCCUUUACCUUAACAGAGAUCAAUAAAAAUCCAGUCAUGCAAACUUAAUUCUUUCUUUAAAAUAAUACAAGUUUACUAAGUUUGAGUUUUUGUGGCAAACACUCUGGGGCAUGGAGCAUUAAAGCACGGACCUGUGCCUUGAAAAUGUGGGGCCAAAGGUAAGUGUGGCUAAGCCCUAAAUCAAACAGAAAUAAACUAAUCCAAAUUCCCCUAAGCUAAGCUAGGGUUGCCAGAUUUUGAAGAGCAAAAAAGAGAAUGCGGAGCCCCUUGCCAUCCACGGUGUGUGCGCACACCAUACCCUCCAAAUAGAGACAUCCUAUUCAAUAAUAAUAAUACUACCCCACCCAUCUGCCCCACUCCAACAUAUAUCAAAGCAUAAUAAAACAUUAAACAUUUUAAAACAUCCUUAUACAGGGCUGCCUUCGGAUGUCUUCUAAAGGUUGUCGAGUUACUUACUCACAUAAUGGCAAAAAGAAAUACAAUAUGAAGAUCCAAGCAGUGUGGUGUUCAAAAGAAAGGAGCAAAGCUUUUAGGGGGGAAAUGGGUGCCAAGUUCUUUUGCUAUUUCCUCCACUCUUCUCCCCGCCCCCCAAACCCCCAGCAAUUUCUUUACUCGGUUCUUCAGUCUGCUAAGAUUUCAAUAUGUAUAAAACAGGAAAGAAAGAAAAAACCAACACAAAUGGGGAGAGGCUUUCCCUGACCUUACAUGAGAGCUGUGUAUUUUAACUUACAUUCAGGAAUUGUGUUUAGAGGUACCCAAUGUGAUUUGGUUAAUCUCCACACUCGCUAUCCAUAUGCUCAUUGGCCUUAGACUUUUAAAUGGGACUGAGAGAGCUUGGGGGGGAUCUUCUUUACCAGCAAGCUCCCUUUCUUUCCUUAGAUCUUUCUAAUAUUGCAAAACAAAGUCAGCUUAAGAACAAUGGAUAAUGCAUAGGGUGGGGUGGAGAUCCUGGCAUUGAGGCACACAGAGUAUAUGAGAGACCCGGAAAGGGUGGGGGAGGAGAAGGGGAGACAGAGAGAGACCCCCCCCCCGGGAGUCUUUCCCACCUGCUCACGGGCAGCUUACUGGGCACUGGCAUAGCCAACAGCUCAGGGAGGUCCAGGUAGCAGCCGUUUGAUCUGCCAGUGAGCCCAGUCCCAACAUCCACCAUGCAUGCGAAAUAGAAAAACGUUAAGAGUGAUCCUCGCAUGCACACUUCCUGGCUCUGUUUGCAAAAACCUGGACAUUUUGGCAAAUUCAAAAAAUCCUCCCAGACUGAAAUUUCACCCCUGAAAAAGAAGGCCUGUCUGGGAGAAACCAGAGAUAUGGCAACCCUACCUAAGCUAUACUUGAUGGAUGGUUCAAGAAGUAGGCCUUUCACCUGAAAGUUGCAGUUAGUUCCUUUCUUUAUUUAGGUACGUCUUAGAGUGGAGACUGAAAAGGUCUAGCCAAACAUCUUCAUGGUCUACAAAGGUGUAAAGUGCAGAACAGAAUUUCUAGGGUUGCCAUAUUUUGAAGAGCAAAAAAGGACACAUUUGAUGACUUCUGCUUUUAACUAUGGAUUGCUUUGAUGUCUCUACUCAUGAAAAAGAGGAUGUGUCCUGGAAAAAGAGGACAAAUGGCAAGCCUAGGACACCUCACAGCCUAUAUAUCAUUUCUGCUGAUUCCACUUUCUGUGUCUGAAAAAUACCUUCAUACCUGGAGUUUCCGAAAGUCCGCCCUUUCUUAAGUGUCCUCUGUCAGAUAACCCUUGGAAAAAGCAAUGCUCAAGACAUUUGCAUUUGAAAAGGCGUUCUGGCUCUGCUCUUUCUACGGAUUGGAAAAUAGCAUCUUGUUAAACAUUUGAGCUGUGAACACACUCCAUUUACUCUGCAUGCUGUGUGCCCCCACUGCUGGUUUGAGAAGUGGUAUACACACAUUGGGACGUGGGUGGCGCUGUGGGUAAAACCUCAGUGCCUAGGGCUUGCCGAUCGCAUGGUUGGCAGUUCGAAUCCCCGCAGCGGGGUGAGCUCCCGUCUUUCGGUCCCAGCUCCUGCCCACCUAGCAGUUCGAAAGCACCCCUAAGUGCAAGUAGAUAAAUAGGUACCGCUUUAUAGCGGGAAGGUAAAUGGUGUUUCCGUGUGCUGCGCUGGUGCUGGCUCGGCAGAGCAGCUUCGUCACACUGGCCACGUGAUCCGGAAGUGUCUCCGGACAGCGCUGGCUCCCGGCCUCUUAAGUGAGAUGGGCGCACAACCCUAGAGUCGGACACGACUGGCCCGUAUGGGCAGGGGUACCUUUAUACACACAUUAGCCACAAUCCAUAUCUAUGGUGUUGCAUCUUACAACAUACUGCAUUUUAAUGUGUUUCCCCCAAAACCAACUUCAAUCCGAACUGGUGGAGGGGGGAAGGAAAGGACCUAGGUGAGUUUUAACCUGGUAAUGUAUACACAGCAUGUAUAAUUUAAUGUGUUAUUCUGCUGUGCAGCAUACAGUAACAUACAUGUGUGGCUGGACUUUUAACUCUUCGACCUAAGCUAGCCUUGAACACAAUCAAAGUCUUAAGGGGCAACUCUCUGCAUGUUUACUUUGAAUUAAAACUCAGGGCUUGUCUACACUUCUGAUUCUUAUGUGCUUUCUAGGCAUGAAUUUGAGUGGUUUUCUGUUUAUUUGGCCGCAUUCCCCAGGAAAACCUGUUCUGAAUCGGAGCAAACAUAAAUCCAUAGAAAAUGCAAUUGUCGUUUGCUCAGAUUCAGUGGCAGAGAGCGGAUUCCCCUGGGGAAAAGCGGUGGGAGAAGUGAAAGUGUGGAUGAGCCCCCACUGUGCACUGUUCAAUGGGCCUUAUUCCCAGGGAAGUCAGCAUACGACUGCAGUCUUAAUUAUGCCUUCUGUGUGUCUCCUGAUUUCUUAUUUUGGCUGCCAUAGGUACGAAACUGAAGAUGCUUACUCCUCCCCAGACACUGAUAGCUCUGCUGAUCCUGCUGGCUGUUCCAAGUGCUGUGAAAACUCAGGUCAAUCCAGGUAAGGGAUGAAAAUGCUGCUUCUCAGUAUCAGGUCCACAAACUAAGAGAUGUAGCCUACCUGGAAGUAAGUCCCAUUGCAUAUAAUACUUCUGAGCAGUAUUGUAAAUAUAGUUCCUGGUGGUCAUGAGUUGUACCUUUUGAUGUUAUUUAACACUAAAUUGGGUUUAUCACAGCUAACAGGUUCCAUGUAUGAUUCUUGAUUAAGCUGCUUGUCCUCAGACCUCCAUAAAGGUUAGCUCUCAUGGCAUACAAAAGUUAACAAGUUUGAGUCACCUAAGAAUCAAAAGAAGAUUCCCUGCUGAACUAGGCACGAAGCUCAUUGAAUCCAGCAUCCUGCUUCUAAUAGUGGCUGGGUUGAUGGUUUUCAUAACACUAGGAAGGCCAAAAGCAGGACAUGAGGACAACAGCAUCUGAAACUGGGAGGUGACCUUCCUUCCUUGGAACACAGAAGUUCCAUUUAGCUGUCAUAGCCAACCUGGUGGCCCUGUACACCAUGCAUUUGUGUAAUUGCUCUUUAAACCCAUUUAAGCCACUGGCCAACACCACGUCUUGUGGCAGCUAAUUCUACCCUGUUAAUUAUUCACUGAGAGAAAAGAUAUUGUUACAAAAGACGGGUGCCUGUCCCUCUCUCUGCCAAGAGCCCAGGGGGUCCCAGGCACCCACAUAGGUUCUGUGUCCAUUUGAAGAAUACAAUACAUGGCAGAGACUGUCGUGGCUUUAAGAAAUAUGGUUUAUUUACCUAUUUACACCUUCAGUCUGCAUGGAGGGAGUCCAGAACUUAUAGCAUAGUCCUUUCAAGAGGGGCUUGUCCCCCAGGGACAGGAUUUCAGCCCUUCUUCCUCCUCCUUUGUCCCAGCCACCCUUGCUCCCAGAGCAAUUACCCUGGCAACCUCCAAAUCCCCAGUCUCUGUUCAAACCUCAAGGCAAGGGGGAAGGAAUUCUCUUGUAUUGUUAAUGUCCCUCAAUUGCUUCCUAUUGUUCCUUGAUGACCUUAGCUCAGCCACAGGAAUUCCUCUGCAGCUUGGAUUCUUCCAAAUAAAUACAUAAAUACAUAAAUAAAUAUUAUUUAUAACCUGCCCACCUGGCUGGGUUGCCCCAGCCACUCUGGGUGGCUUCCAACACACAUAAUAAUAAUAAUAAAACAUCAAACAGUAACAGUAACAAUCAGAUCCUAUAUAAAAAGUCACAAUAACUUUAAAAUAAACAACAUAUCAAAUAAAGAAAUAUUCAAUAGUCCAUUAGAAUCCAAUAGUAAACAGUAAAAUUAAACAUCAGCAAACAAUAAUUAAACAGUUUACACUUCUCAAUUACAAUAAAGAAUUACUAAUCUAUAAUCAAUAACAGCAAAUCACAAUGCAUAAAAUACCGCAAAACGUACAAAACCAUGUAAAACGGUCAAACUGAGAAACAAGGACACACAACUUGUAAAAUUAUUAUUAAAAACUACCCCUGAAUUCCUCUCUUCCCAGAUGCUUCUUCUGUUCUCAAAGUCAUGGUCUGGGAAAGGCUCCAGGGGCUGGAGGGUGGGGCAAGGAAAAGCCAUUGCCUGCAGAAAGUCUCUCUCCCCUCAGUCUCUCUCCCUUCGUUUCCCAAAUACUGUACAGUAAUCAGAAGGUCGGCGGUUUGAAUCCCCGCAACGGGGUGAGCUCCCGUUGCUCAGUCCCUGCUCCUGCCAACCUAGCAGUUUGAAAGCACGUCAAAGUGCAAGUAGAUAAGUGCAAGUAGAUACGCUGCUCUGGUUCGCCAGAAGCGGCUUAGUCGUGCUGGCCACAUGACCCGGAAGCUGUACGCCGGCUCCCUCGGCCAGUAAAGCGAGAUGAGUGCCGCAACCCCAGAGUCGGUCACAACUGGACCUAAUGGUCAGGGGUCCCUUUACCUUUACCUUUAAAUCUAGAACAGCAUUUUCUUUUUCCGUGUCCUGUAUCUACUGCCAAUCAGUUUCCUGGGCAACCCAAAGGUCUCUAGUGCAGGGGACUGGGAACCUGCAAAUCUCCAGUUGUAGCUGGAGUACAGCUCCCAUCACCCCUACCCAUUGGCCAUGCUGGCCAAUGAGAGCUUGAGUCUGACAACAACUGGAGGGCCACAGGCUCCCCAUUUCUGGUCCAGUAUUUUUAAACCACUGUUGGAAGAUGUGUAGGCUGUACUGAAUGUGUCGGAAUGUGUUUGGCUGCAUAAGUGAUUCAAAAAUGCUGCACCUUCUUCAUCCCGUGUAGUUGAGUUUGCUACGAAGUAGUUUGCUGGCAGGUAAUGGGCAGAGCUUUGGGCUGAGGCCAGCGGUCAGACAGUAAACAUUGUGGAACAAGCAGCCCUUUGAGAAGCUCUCUUGGCAGCUAAGCAUGAAAAAUAAUGCUCAGGUAGCUGAAGGCCUGCUUGAAGCUUCUUGGCUAGUCUCUUGCAAAUCAAAAGCAGCCACACAUUGUAGGCACUGGUAGUUUUCCAUUUCCAAACUGGGAAGAAGGUGCUGGGGAAGUGAGCUUGCAGAAGGGCUUUACUGAGCUGUCCCUCCAGUGCUCACUCAGCUCAGUCUCUGUAUCUUUCCAAUUAAAAUGUAUUUAAUGUUUAACUAUUCAGUUGCUGUAGGGUCUACAAGUCAGGACGUUCUCUAGUCCACAUCUUGCCUCUGCCACGAAGGCAACACAAUCUCAUCAUCUCCCUCUCCCACCUACAAUUUGGGGUGAUACUGGUGUAUAUUACAGAACUAUUGAAAAUAAUGUAUGAGAAGUUACUUGGAUAUUGCAAAGUGCUGUGUAAAUGCCAAAUAUUAUAAUUCUAGAUUGCAAACAUAUUGGUAGGGGUGCUUCCAGCAGGCAGUUCAGGAAUGAAUAAUUGACUAAAAGUGCGUAUGGGGAUGCAUUUCAAAUGAUGUUUAGAGUACUCUAUAUUCUGUCAACUCAAGUCUACCACUGGAAAACCCAGUGAGAACUAGUGGAAAGAAUCUGACAGCACUUUAGAAACUAAAAAAUGGUAUAAAUGACAAAUGUGAUUUUUAAAAAUUCAAGAAUUUAAUUAAACAAGAGAUUCAAAUCAGGUUUGAGAUUGAAGUUAUGACAUGGUAUCAGUAUUUGCAGAGGUGUCUUUUUCGAAAGUAAGUAAUUAACUCCAAAUUAAGUGAGCCCUUACAGGAUCUGAGACUCUCACAGUUAAACAGUCCACACAUUUUAAACAUAUUUCUUCUCAUCGCUACAAAACUUUAGGAUUUAAUUCAUGGGCUAGAGAUAUGCAGAAAUGGACUGAAGAUGCAGGUUCCACUUUAACUUCUACAUAUCUGAUUUGAUAUGAUUUAUUAUAUUUCCAUGCCAUUUACAAACAAUAAAUAACAGUGACAUGACAGAACAUUAUAGAAUAUAACAAAUACAGCAUAAAUCAUAUAGAAAAUUAACAAAUCAUCAGUGAAACAAUUACAAUCUAUAAAACACUGUUAACAAAGCUACAAUUAAACAACACGCUAAACAUCACAAUUAAAGCAAAAGUCAUAUUAUAUGAUUAAUUAACCAAUACAGCAUUUAUUAUUUAUAAAACAAAAUAGGAACCAAAAGAUAAACUAUGCACUGUUAAGUUCAUACACACAUUCCCCCCACCCCAAUAACUCAUAAUCUUUCACUCUGUUCAGCUCAUUACACAUAUACAUAGUGCGCAUAGCAGCAAUUCCCUUCUGAGGUUCCUCGGACUGGAAGUGGGGUAGCACAGGUGAAACCCACCACCCCCUGACGGCAAAGAGUCUUUCACCGCUCACAGAUCUUCCUCUGGAAGGCUCCUAGGGCUUUAAAGAGCUUCGAGGAAGAUAGAGCUAUAUAUAGCUUUUAUCUGGUCGUUAUUGCUGCUUAGAAUCAUAGAACUGUAGAUCUGAAGGGACCCUGAGGGUCAUCUAGUCCAACCCCCCUGCAAUGCAGGAAUCUCAACUAAAGCAUCCAUGGUUCUUUCCUAAUAUUAAGGAACGCUCAUUCAAAAUCUUUGACAGGGUAGCAUUAUGUGCCAGCUAAAUUUCACGUUAUAUAAAUUAGUACUCAUAAUUAUAAUGAUAAAUAGAAUACUGUUUUUCUAAUCUUUCUAAUCUAUUUUAUGCUGGAGUCAUUGUGGUAAAAAUGUGGGCUCAUGGGGGUGGGGAAUAGAUAGUGUGUGGAAAUUAGUAAAAUAACUGGCUUGAUCCUUAGAUCCAAAGCACAAGCUGAACACCCUCUCCAGCAAGUGAGAGCUCCCAGCAGAGUUUAAAAACAUAAUCAUGUAGCACAGUGAAGCAUGAAGAGUAUAGGUUGUUAGACUCUUUAAAUAUUCUGUUUAGUCCACUUACAGAGCUUCCCCUCUCUACUCCUCUCUAUCCCUCUCAUAAGGAACAAACCACACUGUUAGUAAGUUUAAAUGCUUUACUUACAAACUCCAAAGGUCAGACUCAUGCAUUAUUCCAUGCAGCAGCAUGUCCAAAAUAUGCACAUGUUUUUCUGCUUCAUCCUUCUUAUUUUCCAUUCUGUUUCUUGGUUUAUUAUCAUGGAAUAUUGUGUUUGUAAUCUUUAUUGUUUGUUUUACCAAAUCCUUUCCAGGUUUUUUAACCAACUCUUUUAAAAUCAAUUCUUCCAAUACUUCUGGUUUUUCCCCCUCUAAACCUUUUCUGGUGAAUAUUUUGUUGGAUUAAAAAAACCUGCCAUUACUGCUUUACUGACAUCCCAAACCGACAUCCCAAACUGCUCUCUCUCUCUCUCUCUGCAGCUGUCUGCCGCUACCCAUUGGGCAUGUCAGGUGGGCACAUCCCUGAUGAGGACAUUACUGCUUCUAGUCAAUGGUCUGAAUCCACAGCAGCUAAGUAUGGAAGGUAAGAGAGAGAUGAGCCUGGGUCUCUCACAAACCCAAGACAUUUGAGCCUGAGAGCCUCAUUCACAUACCCCAGUCGUUCCCAUGCCCCACUGGCUGUGCUUUUGCAUCCUCCCCUACUCCAAAAGUGAUUGGCUCCUCCUAGGCUAAGCAGUCUGAGGGCACCCAAAAAAGGUGAAACUGCCGGAAAUUUGGUACUUAAGAGGUAAAAUUUUAAAGUUAUAUUACAGUGAGAUUAAAGAUUAGGAUUAAAGAAGUUUAAGGAAAUGGAAACUUGGUACUAAAGAGGUAAAAUUUUGAUGUUAUAUUAUAUUAAGAUUAAAGACUGGGAUUAAAAAAGUGGAAAAGAAAUUGCUGGACAAACAAUUUGGACUGGAGUACAAAAGAGGGAGGUAUGGGGAAGUCCAGAAAAUAAGUAAAUUUAAAAAACGGAAAUGAAAAAGUGAUAUUGUUUUUAACUGUUCUGUUUAUUCUGUUUUAUUUGCUUUUUGGUUUUUCGUGUGUGUUUAUUUUCUUUUUUUGGAUUAUGUAUAGUGUAUUUGUGUAUUUUUUUUUUUAUGUCUUUCUGUCUAAUUUUUUUUUUUCUGAAACCUUAAUAAAAAUCAUUCAAAAAGGUGAAACUGCCUCUGCAUCCAUCCUCAGAAGAGCCCAUGGUCUACUCUUGGCACCCUUCUUGUACCAGGGCUCAGCCCCAGAACCUGAUCCCAGUGCUAAUGUUCAGGCACUGAACAUUACCAGCAGCAAUAGAGCAGAAUGAACAGGUUCCUGCUGGAUUGUUCAUGGUGUCCUUUGCUUAACACUGAUGUAACCAGCUGUGGCUCAUGAGAUGGUUUGCUGGAUGCUGUCAACAUCCACUGCUGAGCACCACUCAAUGGGGCAUGUGAGGUGGUGGAGAAUGCAUGAGGGCUUUUAAUUCAACACUGUGUGGGUGCACAGCUACUGAAGGACUAGCCAAUGCCAGCAGGGGCCAUGAUGUUAACAACCCCUGCUGGCCAGGCCGGCCCAAGACAUUUUGGCACCUGAGGCAAGCCACAAAAUGGCACCUGCCCCAUCAGGGAUAAAGUGGGGAGUGAAGCUUUACAUCAGGGAAAAGGAGGAGGUGAAGGUCUACAUGUGAUGGUGUUAUGUACUGAGUGAAUAGGAUCCAAAAUGCAGCAGUCUGAUUGGUCCUAGAACAAUAGGAUCCAACAUGCAGCAGUCUGAUUGGUCCUAGAACAAUGCAGCAGUAUGAUUGGUCUGCAGGAGCCACCCAAUCCGGCUCCAGAUGGAAGUGAAUCCACAACCUCAUUGGCCUACAGGAGAAUUCCUGAAUUAGCCAAUCACGUGCAGCCCAUUGUGUAAAUAAUGUAUAUAAGCAGAUACUUUGAGGGGACAUUCAUUCCUCCUCACCGCUAUGAGCUGAAUAAAGAGCAUGAAAUCCACUUUUGACUCAGAGUAUAUUUCAGAUAUGUUCCUUGGAGGCCAGAUCUGCUGCCUUUGUGGAUCCUACCACCCGAGGCAUUCGCCUCAACUUGCCUCAUUUAGUUACUAUGGUCUAUCACCACUGAUACAUCACCUCCAUGAAUACGCAUAAGCCCCUUUUAAGCCAUCUGAGCUUUGCCACAUCUUGCAGCAGCUAACUCCAUAUGAUCAUUGAAUGUGAUGUGAAGAGUUCCUUGUUUUGCCUCCCCCGAGUUCUUUCAUGUGAGAGGGAGUAAACCAUUAUCACUAUCCAAAUUCUGUCCAUCUGUCAUAGCCAGCUUCCAGCCUAUCCCGUUGUCCCAGUCAGGGCUGCCAUGCUCUUGUCCUCCAUUCCAUCCCUGAGGUCAGCCCAACCCAGCUUCCCCAGUCCUGGCUCUGCCCUGUUGCCACCCGUGUGGCACAUCUAUCGUGGCAAGUAGGGAAGGCACAGGUGCUGAGGUGGUGAAAGCAGGAAGCUGAACGGGAAUGGAGAAACUGGACUAGUGGCUGAGAGGGCCAGAGCCAGAUAAGGGAGUCACAGGAAGGGGACGAAUGAAAGAAUGAGGCAGAACCACCAUGGGAAGUGAAAGGCCAAGAUGGGCAUUGACCACAAAUGAGUUGGUGACACCAGUCAGGUCCACUUUCUGCUUUUCUCUAGGCUAGGCUCUGAAGAAGGGGAUGGUGCCUGGUGCCCUGAGAUCCCUGUUGAACCAGAUGACCUCAAGGAGUUCCUGGAGAUUGAUUUACAUGCCCUGCACUUCAUCACCCUGGUCGGGACCCAGGGCCGUCAUGCAGGAGGUCACGGCAAUGAAUUUGCACCAAUGUACAAAAUUAAUUACAGCCGGGAUGGCACCCGCUGGAUAUCUUGGCGGAACAGACAUGGAAAGCAGGUAAAGCAGUAGGGAAGGGGUGAAAUAAUAAUAAUAAUACUACUAAUACUACUAAUACUAAUACUAAUACUAAUACUAAUACUAAUAAUAAUAAUAGUUGUUGACUAUAGAGUGUCUGUGGCAAAUAAAAAACAACAGCACAGCCAGGGCUUAGCCACACUUAUCUUUUGCCCUCCUCUUCCAGGUCUGUGCUUCAAAGCUCUGUCUUUGGAGCAAACAGCAAUUCAGGCUUUCCACAUAUUGCUGUUUGCUCUGACUGAGCUUUAAAGAGCGGGUUUUUGCAGGAAAAGCUCUGGAGCAAAAAAAAAAAAGUGCUCGGACACGGACUUUUGAAGUGUGGACCAUGCCUGGAAAGAGCAGAGGAAAGGCAAGUGUGGAUGUGCCCUCAGUAAUGCUGUAGUAAGUUCUGAAGCCCAGGAGCUCAUGAAGACGACCCCAUAAAGAUUCCAAAAAUGCAGGCAACUUUGUUGAAUUAUACACAUACAGACAGACAUGUGUAUGCAUGCCUCAAAGUGCACCACACACAAAAAAGGUAAAGGUGAAGGACCCCUGGACAGUUAAGUCCAGUCAAAGACAACUAUGGGGUUGCGGCGCUCAUCUUGAUUUCAGGUUGAGGGCGCCAGUGUUUGUCCACAGACAGCUUUCUGGGUCAUGGGGCCAGCAGGACUCAACUGCUAUUGGUGCAAUGGAACACUGUGACAGAAACUAGAGUGCAUGGAAAUGUUGUUUACCUUCUCGCCACAUUUUGGUUCUCACAACUAAGUCAAGGACCAAAGAAUUCCCUGAACUUGACAAGAUUUCAGCUGAAUUUUUAUGUUACCAAGAAUCCAUGUUUUGGGUGAAGGUGCAGAACGUACAUAAAUUGCCAGUGUUCUCUAGGAGAGGCCAUGCUACUAAAGAGCAAAUACAGUGGUGCCUCGCAAGACGAAAUUAAUCCGUUCCGCGAGUCUCUUCGUCUUGCGGUUUUUUCGUCUUGCGAAGCACGGCUAUUAGCGGCUUAGCGGCUUAGCGGCUAUUAACGGCUUAGCGACUUUAAGAAAAAGGAAACAAACUUGCAAGAACUCGCAAGACGUUUCAUCUUGCGAAGCAAGCCCAUAGGGAAAUUCGUCUUGCGGAACGACUCAAAAAACGGAAAACUCUUUCGUCUUGCGCGUUUUUCGUCUUGCGAGGCAUUCGUCUUGCGAGGUACCACUGUAUUGCAACCAGUUUAAACACCUGAUUAAACUUAUAGCAGAACUGAGUUGACCUAAAUAGAAAAAUCUUAUAUAUUCAGUUGCUAGAGGGCACCAUCAGAAUAAUAACUACACAAAUUUCAAGGAGAACUGUGGUACAAUUACUGUGGCUGCAACACUUGCCUGCCUACCUGCCACCCAGCAGCCUUGUUCUUGGUUAUUUUAUGUCCUUUCCCCCCUCAGGUGCUUGAUGGAAACACCAAUCCAUACGAUAUUGUCCUCAAGGACUUGGAGCCACCCAUCAUUGGUCGAUUCAUCCGCUUUAUUCCUGUGACUGACCAUUCCACGAAUGUCUGUCUCAGGGUGGAGCUGUAUGGUUGUGUCUGGCUAGGUAAGUACAGCAAUUCAUUGGAACUAUGACCUAUCAGGGUGACUUACACUGCAGGCAAAUAUAAUUUUUGUAGAGCAGUGAGGCUAUUCUGGAAGCUUCAUCACUGUGUUCCAUCCAAAUGUACCUUUUUUGUCCAAAGUUGAGCUCUUGUGGGAAGCAGGGGCAGUAGUUCUGCAAGGUAGAAGCAGAAGCUAACUGUGCAUAGUGUUGAUUGGCUAGCCUCUGUUAUGUCACCAAGGAUUCUUCUCCCCCCCCCUUUUUGAAAAUAAAACUACUAAUGAACAGGUAAAUCAAUGUGGUGCUUUAAAAGAAAAAUAACAUAUUUGGCUGAGCCACCAUACAAUGGCAGUGAUCUAGACAAAUGUGUUCAUAAUUAGUGUCUGCACCCAACUGCUCUGGGGUUUUUCCUUUGCAACAGAUGUAUCCCAUCCACAACAUGGACAAAUGGCUUGCCAGAUUCUUAAAAAGAAAAGAAAAAGUUUUCAAAUUAUUAUGGAACCACAGAGGCAAGUGAACAAUAACAAAAAAAAAAUCAAUAAUAUAUUGAACUCAAUGCAGGGCAUGCAAAAUCUAAAAACAUUAAAUAAUAACACCCAGUUUAAAAUAACAACAACCAUACUUCACUGGAUGGCGUGGGGAGAGAUACCUGUACAUCUGAAACAAAACUGUAUGAAAUAAAAUCCUACCAUACUGAAUAGAAAUGAGCAGGAUCUUCCUGUCCAUUAGAGAUCCAUGACUUAGGUUUUAUUUUUUAUGCAAUAACUAAAUUCCAGAGAUUAUUUUUACCAUAAGGAUAUAGACAUAUAUUUAAAUGAUUGUCACUGCUGUGCUAUAGAGAUGCUGGCAGCUGCCAGAACCCAAAAGUUCUUUUGGCAAAACAUCUUCAUGGUAUCUGUUGACACAUUUAGUAGGAAUAACUGUGGAUAAAUUUGAAUAUGUGUUUUAAUAAUCUUUAAUAUCUCCUAAUAAAUUUCAUCCCAGAAUAAAGCAACCUGUGAGUAUUCCUACCGGAUAUGGAGGGGAAAGUCCCUUUAGUUCCACAACCAGUUUUUUAGAUUAAAAAAUAGUUUUGAAACUGAGCUGCUGAGAUGCAAACUUGCAGAAAAACUCUCAUUCACGGCGGUACUUAGCUGGAUUCUGGCUGUUCUUGGUCACAGAUUGUGGCCAUUUUUGUUCGCAUUACUCUGAAAUGAGAGCAGCAAAGAGGAAACUAGAGAGGGAGAGUGGGGGCAAGUGUGGAACUGGUCAGGGAAAAAUGUCUCAACCGGCAGCAUAUUCCUUUGCACAGUGAUACGUCUAAUUUACUUAUGUGUAUCACUUUCAAAUGUAUAAUGUUUCCUGGAACUUUAAAAAUUCAUAGAAAUCCAGUGGUUUAGAAAAGUGUCCAGUGAAGUGCAGAAAUAAGUCACAGGAAGAGGACAAUUUAAGUGACAGAAAGCAAAACCUGCUGUUCCCAAACUGAAUGAAGAUUUAAUGCUUGAAGGAAAAAAGCAUUCAGUUUAAUUUAAAGGGCUAGAAUGGGUAACUUUCUGUAUUUAUUUUUUGUUCUUAAUUUCAUUUACUACUUUUUAAUUGUAUCAUAAUAUUUGAUUAGAACUACUUAUUAAUAAUGUUAUAGUUAUAAAAUAGGAAAGCAAAGAUAGAAUUGUCUUAAAAAUGAUAAAUAAAGUACAGCAUUUCUAACGCUCAUUUGAGCAUUUGAAGCGCUUGGUAUCCAUUAUUUUGCAAUCUGAAAGCAACCCUGUUCCCCCCCCCCCCCGUAUAUUCCCUGUACAGUAUUUUUCCCUGUACAUGUUGGGGGGGGGGGUGGAAUUAUAGAGAGAGAAUACACAAUCACCCCUUAAUAGUACACAGAAACAUGCCCCCCAAUCUCUGAGCAGUGAGAGAUUCCAGGGGUUCCAGGUGUUUACUCAGAGUUCAUGUUUCCUUUUGGAAAUGAGGAACAGUGGAGACUAUGGGGUCUUCAGGAUAUAUGGUUUAUUUACACGCAUAAACAACCUGAGCCUAAGAUGGAGGGCACAGCUUUAAAACACCAAAAGGAUCUUGUUUCUUGCAUAGUUGCAGCAUUGGAUUCAAACAGAAAUUGAACAUUGCUCUGACUCUCCCUGACAUUUGCUCCAAUUCAGCGGUAAAACACGGGGUUUCCCAGGGAAAGUGCUGGAGCAAAACAACAGACAAACAAAAACAAACAACUCUGUUCAGACAUUGAGCUUUAAAGCCUGGACCUGCGCCUAGAAAGCACAGCAUAAAAGGAAGUUUGGAUGAGGCCUUAGUUGCUAGCUCCCAGUUCCUUAUUUGCACAAAGGUUUGGAACAGAGAUUUAUUGUGAAUUUUGAAGGGGACACUCCUUCAAUCAUGCAGUUAUACUAUAUGGACUAGAUAUUUAUAACUUAUUUUGAGGUGCAGGGGUAUAUUAACUGUAGUUCCUGAUCAGGCUUACUGAUUGAGAUCUGUUUCAAACUUUUGUGCAAAUAAGGAGCUAGGAACUUUAUCAGGAGUAAAGAAAUAUGUGUCAAAUUUUGUGCCGUGAGGUCCUGUUUUCAACCCCUUUCCCAGACUAGUUUACACUGUUAGAAACACUGCCCUUUUUGCAGCUUAAAGGCACCACAGAGGAGCAAUUAAUUAGGAUCACAGGAAGUACUUUCUUUAAAUUAAUUAAUCACUGCAGUAUUAUCUUGUUUUAGCUUCAAAGAGGUCGGAGUCCUCUUUGUACCUGAGUACAAGAGUACCUGAACUGCAGGAAGGCGUGGUUCAGAGGGCUGGAGUUUAUUGUGCAUUUAUUCUGAUUUGUUUGCAGGAAAGUGUUAUCCCACACUUUCAAGGGCAUUUCCCCAUCAUUUUCCUUCCCACAAAAACUCGUUUUUAAAAAAUCUCUACGCCACUUAGAGAUUUUUGAAAUAUCACAUGGUGAGUAAGUGCUUUUUUUAAAAAGCAAUUUUGUUGCUCAAGCGUGCCAAAUCCACUAACUGCACAACCUAAAUUUGCAGGUGUGCGAAUGAUUCCACUUGGAAGCAGCCUAGACCUCAGCCAGUCUUUCUUCCCAUUUAGCUUAUCUGUUCCCAGCCUCCAGGCUCUGUGUUUGUGGACUUCUUUCCAGACCGAUGUUCUGACUAGCAGCAGCAGCCGUGCAAAAGUAACCUCUGUUCCAUCUCUUUACAGAUGGGCUGGUUUCAUACAGUGCUCCUGCAGGGCAGCAGUUGGCUCUACCUGGUGGCACCGUGAUUUACCUGAACGAUUCAAUCUAUGACGGGUACAGGUGGGUUCCUGAGUAUCACGCAACUGGGAAAGGUGCAUGAUGGGUGGAAGGGAGAGAGGAAAGGCUUCAGCCAAGUUAAUAUUUCAGAGUGAAGGGAGAAGGCAGUCUCAUUGAUUUAAGAAACAUAACAAUAGUUUCAAAUUUAAAGAUAAAUUGUGAAGAGUAACCAGUGCCUUUUUUCUAGAAAAAUAGGUGCUGGUACUCACCAUAAAGUUGUUACAGUAAGUGUCACACUUUUUAACAAACAAAAAAAGAGGUUCCGGUACUGCGUUCCCUUGAGUACCCCCUGGGGGAAAAAGCACAGAGUAUAACUCUUUUUUAAAUAUAAUUUUUGGUUCUCCAUCCAGUUUCUUCCUUGUGGUGUACUUUAUAGUUUAAAGGGCAUGUGUGCAUCCAGUGCAACAACCUGCCCCCAAGUUUUGUAUCCAACCUAAACCAGUGGCAAAAACUAAGUCAAAGGUGAUUAUUUUUCAUGAAUCUGCUCUAUUUUCCUGCUAUUUGGGGAAUUUGAACAUAAGAACAUGAGAACAACUCUGCUGCAUCAGACCAGUGGCCCGUUUAGUCCAGCAUCCCUUUCUCACAGUGCUCAGCCAUUCAAAUAGCCCUCAGAAGGUUGUCAGUAAUAAAAUGAGAUAAUAUCUAUAAAAUUUCUGCCAGCCAUCUCUUUCUGUACCUUUAUACUUUCUCAUGGUCACACAACAACCCAGCCAGAUGGGCAGGGUAUAUAUGUAUGUAUGCAUGUAUGUAUGUAUGUAUGUAUAAACAAACAAACAAACAAACAAACAAACUUAUAAUUAUCCUCAUCCUCUAAGUUCAACCAGAGACAGAAUUAAUGCUCAUUUUUCAUGUGAUAAAUUUCUUGUGCGAUGUCUGCCCAUCACAUUUUUGUGGAGUAAAUGACCUUUCUGCAAAAUUAAUUGUUUCACUAGCUUUUACUAUGGUAUUUGAACAGGUAAACAGCAAAGCCUUCAUGGCAUGCAGGCCACUUUGUCUCAUGGGACUUGCCUGAAUGAGUUUGGGAUUCCCAUGUGGACAAAUUCACAAGUGACUGCAUUAAAGUCCACAAGCAUUUUCUAGAACUGAAGGAACUUUUCCAGUAACUUCCUUUUCUUUUUCCUGUAUGGGGGACUAUUUCACAAAGCAAGUUAUCACAUGGAAAUGACCCAGCAAAGACACCAUAGCUCAGGGGCAGCCAACAUGGUGCCCCCCAGAUGGCCAGCAUGACCAGGGAUGGUGGAAGUUGUAGUAGUCCAUGACAGCUGGAGAGCACCAGGUUAGCUACCCCUACCGUAACUAGAUUUCUAGAGAACUACAAGAUUCCUUCCUUGUGUAACCUGGGUCUUUUGGAACUUCCUGGAAGCCCCCUGUGCCUCACAAAAAACUCUCAUGAUGAUUUGUGGAUAAUCAGGGCAUGUACAAAAAUGCUUUACAAUGCAUCACAUGAGAGGAAUUUACUGUAUCAAAAACUAACGUGAGAAUUUGUCCAUCCCUGGGCUAAAUUGGACUUCCAACUGAGUUUCCAGCUGCCAAUUCCACAAUUUAUCCAUCCAAUAAAUGGUACAGGAGACCACCAUCUGUCUCCUUUUCCCUCCUGUUUGAGCCGGGACAAUCGUGCUGAUAUUUAGAAGAAAAAGGUUGGGAUUAACUGUGUUCUACCCCCCUCCCCCUCUUUUAACCUGCCACUCACUAGCAUGACGGAAGGACUAGGCCAGCUGACAGACGGGGUUUCAGGCCUGGAUGAUUUUAGCCAAACCCACGAAUACCAUGUAUGGCCUGGUUAUGACUAUGUUGGCUGGCGCAAUGAGAGCACCACCAACGGCUAUGUGGAAAUUGUCUUCGAAUUUGACCGGAUCAGAAACUUCACCACCAUGAAGGUUAGUUGCUAAAUUCAAUGCGGGCUCCCAUGUUUUCUUUAGACUGGCAGCAGAGUGCAAUUUAUAGAAGAUGUGUAGGGAUCCUUUUCCUGCUGCCCAACCCCACAUUUCAAACCUCAGGUCUGAAGGCUCCAGCUGGUGCAAAAAGGUUCAGCUUGACUGUUGACUGGGGCAGACCACUGCUAACAGACAACUUGGAUGCUCAAAAGCUUGCACUGGCUUCCUAUGUGCUGCAGGACCAAGUUCAAGAUUCUUAUAUUAAUUUACAAGGCCCUUAUCUGCUUGGGUCCAGAUACCUCAAGGAUCACCUAAUCCCUUAUAUCCCACCCCAGUCACUGAGGUCUUGAGGGACCCAGUUUUAUGGGAUUCAUUUCCAGCUGAGGUCAGUGGCGUUGAGCUUCCAACACCUUCCAAAACCUUAUUUAUUCCAGCUGAAGUCUGAUUUUAUAGCUUUAACCUAUUUUUAUCUUUUCUGUAUUGUAUUUCUGAGACUAUGGUAGUUAAGUAUAUAUAAAUGGUUUAAAUAAAUAAAUAAACUUUUGGCCUACACACUUGAGUAACUAUUAUGAUAAACAAUUACACAUGGGCCUUUGUGCUAAAUAUGUGUGCCAAAGUCCAAAUCCCUUACCUUAAAAAAGGGGUCUGUGUAUUCAUUUGACCUGUGUUGAUGACAGCCAUUUUGAAAUCUGACAUGGCACAUCUGGUUGGCACCAGAUACAAAAGGAUCCAAAACUCAGACGCCAUCUUUUGGGGCUGCAAUCCUGUGUAAGUCAUGUUACCCGUACAAGUUCUCAGCGCCCCCCAGCACUUGUUGGGGGCAUGGUGCCCCAAAACAUGUGUUUUGGGGCAUUACACAACAUUUCUGCCCUGAAAAAAACACUUUUUCGGGGUGAAAGUGUACUGAAAUUGUGUGAGCUCACAGUGGCCAUUUGGGCUGCUGUCCUCUCACGAGAAAAAUCAGGAUGCCCUGUUUUUUUCUGGGACAGUUGAUGUGUUUAAGAGUGGCACUGGCAAAGGAUAAACAGGUGUUAUAUUUUGUGCCUUGUGCAGAAAAUUCAAAUGUUAUCUUUCCCUUCCACUAACUGAUAUGGGACACAAUCCACUGAUACCUUAUUCUACUGAAAUUGAUGAGAGCUUGGGUCGAUUAAGAGCAACGGUUUCAAGUUGCAUCCCAUUCAUUCCCGAGGGGCCUGUGCAGGAGAAAUCAGGAGAGAAGAGCCUGGCUUUGCCUAGCACCUCAAGGGUGCAACCUGAUGGAUAGAAUGGGUGGAACAAGUGGCAAAACAGACAGGAAGAAAAUAGUAUGUGCACACACUGUGAUUCUGGACCUCAGUCCUGAAAUGCUGCUGCUUCCCCAGAGACCCUAAGAAGACUAAAAUUCUUGUAAAGAAGCUGGUAAAAUGCGGUCUUGACUAUGCUACCACUCAGUGGAUUUGUAACUGGCUGACUGACCGAACCCAAAGGGUGCUCAUCAAUGGUUCCUCUUCAUCCUGGAGAAGAGUGACUAGUGGGGUGCCACAGGGUUCUGUCUUGGGCCCGGUCUUAUUCAACAUCUUUAUCAACGACUUGGAUGAUGGACUCAAGGGCAUCCUGAUCAAAUUUGCAGAUGACACCAAACUGGGAGGGGUGGCUAACACCCCAGAGGACAGGAUCACACUUCAAAACGACCUUGACAGAUUAGAGAACUGGGCCAAAACAAACAAGAUGAAUUUUAACAGGGAGAAAUGUAAAGUAUUGCACUUGGGCAAAAAAAUGAGAGGCACAAAUACAAGAUGGGUGACACCUGGCUUGAGAGCAGUACAUGUGAAAAGGAUCUAGGAGUCUUGGUUGACCACAAACUUGACAUGAGCCAACAGUGUGACGUGGCAGCUAAAAAGCCAAUGCAGUUCUGGGCUGCAUCAAUAGGAGUAUAGCAUCUAGAUCAAGGGAAGUAAUAGUGCCACUGUAUUCUGCUCUGGUCAGACCUCACCUGGAGUACUGUGUCCAGUUCUGGGCACCACAGUUCAAGAAGGACAAUGACAAACUGGAACAUGUCCAGAGGAGGGCAACCAAAAUGGUCAAAGGCCUGGAAACGAUGCCUUAUGGGGAACGGCUAAGGGAGCUGGGCAUGUUUAGCCUGGAGAAGAGGAGGUUAAGGGGUGAUAUGAUAGCCAUGUUCAAAUAUAUAAAAGGAUGUCACAUAGCGGAGGGAGAAAGGUUGUUUUCUGCUGCUCCAGAGAAGCGGACACGGAGCAAUGGAUCCAAACUACAAGAAAGAAGAUUCCACCUAAACAUUAGGAAGAACUUCCUGACAGUAAGAGCUGUUCGACAGUGGAAUUUGCUGCCAAGGAGUGUGGUGGAGUCUCCUUCUUUGGAAGUCUUUAAGCAGAGGCUUGACAACCAUAUGUCAGGAGUGCUCUGAUGGUGUUUCCUGCUUGGCAGGGGGUUGGACUCGAUGGCCCUUGUGGUCUCUUCCAAUUCUAUGAUUCUAUGAUUCUAUAUGUGCAUAGGAGCAAAAGCUUAAUGUGGCUGCCUUGCAUGCAGUUACAGUGGGAGAGUAUUAUUACUUAUUUAUUUCAUGACAUUUAUAUAACACUUGAUUGCUUCUCCUGUUAAUUUUCUAUGUUUCGCUCUACUGUUUAAAGUAGCAGGGCUUUCAAAAAAUGUGGCAACCUUAGUUGGAGCAUCCCAUAGUCUUUGGGUGGGAUCACGUCACCUUCUGCUCACCCGUCUCAUGUCUCCAUUACACAGGUUCACUGCAACAAUAUGUUUGCCAAGGGAGUGAAGAUUUUCAAGGAGGUGCAGUGCCACUUCCGCUCUGAUGCAAAUGAGUGGGAGCCUAACGCCGUCUCCUCAGUGCUGGUGUUAGAUGAUGUGAACCCCAGUGCCCGCUUCGUCACAGUGCCCCUUCUCCAUCACAUGGCCAGUGCCAUCAAAUGCCAGUUCUACUUUGCGGACACCUGGAUGAUGUUCAGUGAGAUCACCUUCCAGUCAGGUAUGACACAGGGAUGGGUGAUGGAACUGUGUGUGUUUAUGUGUAUCCUAGUAAGUGAGAGAUAUUUUGGGAGGGAGCUAGGAAUCCUUGUUCAUCGCUAGAAGGCCUGAUGUGCUGGGAAAGUAGGUUUCAUUGUCUCAUAUGUCUGGACACAGCAUAGGCUGAUGAACUGUAUUUGUGAUAAUGAUAUACAAGAUAUGUGGAUCUGUACAACACAGAAGACCUGCUCUGUACAUGCAGCAAAAUUGGUUCAGUGAACAGGAUUGUGCCCUAGCCACUCCUGCCUCAUAAGCCAUGUAGGCAUUCGCUCUAAUGUCUAAAGUGUGUAUAGGUGCAUACACUUCAUUGCACAUAGAUGUGACUAAGGCCAGGCCUGUUUUCCCCAGGGAAGGAUGCAGUUGAUGGACCAGAAAGUCAGUUAGGAGUUCCUUUUACUAAUUUGUAAACAGUGGCCUUUCCUGCAGAAGUCAGACUUAGACAUGCUUAUUCCUGUUCUUGUUACUGCCAGGUUGGACUACUUUAAUUCACUUUACAUGGGAUUGCCCUUGGAGUCCAGAAACUGCCAGGUUGUUAUCAGGAGCUGGGCAGACACAGCUGAUUGUGCCAUGGGUUGCCAGCUAGUUUCUAGACUCAGUUCAAACUGUGUGAGAGCCUCCAGGUAUCACUGCCUGUCCCUUGGGGAUCUUCCUAGGCUACAGCCUUUAUUGGCCUUGCUCUGUCCCACCUCACCUGGUGUGUUUUUGCAUGGCCAGAAUGUGUCCGUCCCUGAAUUGUGAUAAUCUCUUCCUUGCCUUUGUGUGGUAAGUUGGGUUCAAGCCAUACAAAAUUUGGAGGUUUCUACACCCACCCACACCCCUCUCCAGCCAAGCGAAAGUCACAUCUCUGCUCAUGUUGUUGCCUUUGGCUGUGCCUGCCACUGAUAUACCACUCCCGGUAUGCAACUGAGGGAAUAUGGCUGCUGGGCUGAAAAGGGCCCCCUGAGGUUUAGACCUUUAAAAAGCCCUGAGCAGCCUGGGACCGCAGGGUAUCUACCUUCUUCCCAUAGGAGGCUGGUCACAGAGCGAACUCCUAGAGGCUGAGGUCCCUUCAGACCCCCCACAUUUGAGGGGACUGCCCCCCAAGUUGAUGGGCUUUGCCAUUCAAAUGGUGUGCAUGUGCCCCAUAUUGUGAAAAAUUAUGUGGGGCAGGGCUUACUUUCCCCCUCCCCCAUAUUUUAUUCAAGUUGGCACCCCUGAGCCUGGUCUAAACUUUGCUUAGUCUCUGAGGCCUAUCCUCUUGUCCCUCUCACACUUUCCCUCCCAUGUCUUCUUGCCCUGUUUUCAGUUUGGUCCAGGGCUGGGUGUUCCCACUUGUGUUUCUUGCCUCAGAUUUCAUCCCUGAAACCCCAUGUUUUCCUGUUCAAUAGUCUGCUUCUUGUGUUCUCCCCAACUUCAGCUCUGCCCACCUACGGCAGUCAGUUAAUCAGAAAACCAGAUAAUCAGGGAACCAGAUGCUCAGGAGCUGGAUAAUCAGACAGUCAUUUGACAUACAAAAGAAGUGGGGACCCUUCCAAUAAAUAUCAUUUUAUCACAAGUUUCACAUGAGCAGUAAACAGGGGAAAGUAAAAUAAACAAAUAAAACAUUCUGAGAAAACCGGAAGUGCUUCUCAAAGCUGAAGAGACAACUGGGAAAAUUACCCUGCAGGGCUAGGUGGGGAAAGAAGGGGGGGGGAGCAGACUCUCCCCAACACAUGAAGCACAUGAAAUCCGAUUCAGGAGCUAUGUUAGGACUGGUUCAGAAGAGGGACAAAUGUUUAUUCAGGUUUGCUGCAGUCUGGCAUUUGCUCCAGUUCAACAGUAACCAGUAGGUUUUCCUGGGGAAAGUGGUGGGACAAAAACCCUAUUGAACCCGUGAUACUAGAUCAGUAGGAAUCACAGGUCAGACGAAAGUGUGGAUGGGCCACUGACAGGAGUUUAGCUGGUUGGCCAAGGGAAACCGCCUUUUCCAUAACCAAACCUAAUGUUUUAAUCACUGUUUGUGUGACUAGAGGAGCAAAGAGGCUGUGUGCACGGCCAUCAGGGGCUUUCACAUCUUUCUUUAUUAAGCCAAGGUACGAUAAGUGAAACCAGCUCAGUGUCUUGAGAAGCACCUAUAAUCUGAUUUUCCACAUUUAAAAACGAAAGUUUCAAACAACCACCAUGUCUGCUGGUGCUGUUGUUUAAGUCUGGAUCCCCCCCUUUUUUUUCCUUUAUUAGAUGCAGCCAUGUACAAUAAUUCUGGAGCCCUUCCUGAUUCUUCAGUGACUCCUACUACUUAUGGUAUGUGUGACGCUAGUUUAGAAUGUGGACCAUAAAGUGAUCUACCUGGAAUAUUGUGGAUGAGCUAGCUGUGGAACAAUUCUAACUUGGCACCAGGGAGAUGCAGAGUAGCAGGUUUGCACUGUGGUGGAGGGGUGGGGGUGGGGCCCUUACUCUCAUUUUGCUACUCCUGCUCCAAGAUGUCAUAGCUGAGGGACCCAAAGAUAGGACCACUUGGGAGAUCCUUCACCAUUAGAUGAUGACAACGAUGAUUUAUUCAUACCCUGCCAAUCUGACUGGGUGGCACCAGUUACUCUGGGCGGCUUCCAAUAUAUAUAAAAACAUUAAAAAAAAAACAUUAAAAAGCUUCCCUAUACAGGGCUGCCUUCAAGUGUUUUCUAAAGUUUAUAUAGCUACUUAUCUCCUUGACAUCUGAUGGGAGGGAGUUCUACAGGGUGGGCGCCACUACUGAGAAGAAGGCCCUCUGCUUGGUUCUUAGAAGAUCCUCAGUCCUAGAUCUCAAGUGUCUGAACUGUAUGAUGGGGGUGGAGAUGCUUCUUCAGGUAUACAGGGCCACGGAUGUUUAGGACUUUAUAUGUCAGCAUCAACACUUUUAAUUGUGCAUAGAACAUACUAGGAGCCAAUGUAGGUCUUUCAGGACCAGUGUUAUAUGGUCCCAGUGGCUGCUCCCAGUCACCAGUCUAGCUGCCGCAUUCUGGAUUAGGUGUAGAUUCCGAGUCACCUUCAAAGGUAGCCCCACGUAGAGCGCGUUGCAGUAAUCCAAGCGAGAGAUAACUAGGGCAUGUACCACUCUGGCGAGACAGUGUGCGGGCAGGUAGGGUCUCAGCUGGUGUAUCAGUUGGAGCUGGUAGAUAGCUGCCCUGGUCACAGAAUUAACCUGCGACUCCAUGGACAGCUGUGAGUCCAAAAUGACACCCAGGCUGCACACCUGGUCCUUUAGGAGCACAGUUACUCAGUUCAGGACCAGGGAAUCCCCCCCCCCACCUGCCCAUCCUCUGUCCCCCAGAAACAGUACUUAUUUCUUGUUAGGAUUCAACCUCAAUCAGUUAGACACAAUGCAUCCUCUAACUGCCUCCAGACACUCACACAGGACCUUCACUGUCUUCACCAGUUCUGAUUUAAAGGAGAGGCAGAGCUGGGUAUCAUCCGCAUACUGGUUAACACCCAGCGCAAACCCCCUGAGGAUCUCUCCCAGCAGCUUCAUAUAGAUGUUGAAAAACAUGGGGGAGAGGACAGAGCCCUGAGGUGCUCCACAAGUGAGAGCCCAGAGGUCUGAACACUCAUCUCCCAACACUACUUUCUGGACAUGGCCCAGGAAAAAGGAGCGGAACCACUGUAUAGCAGUGCCCCCAGCUCCCAACCUCCUUCCCAGCCAAGAGGAUACCAUGGUCAAUGGUAUCAAAAGCUGCUGCAAGAUCCAGCAGAACCAGAAAACAGCUUUCACCUCUGUCCCUAGCCUGCCAGAGUUAGGGACCACGAGACCAAGGCAGUUUCAGGCUCAUGAAGGGGCCUGAAUUCCGACUGGAAGGGAACCAAAUGGCCCGCAUCCUCCAGAUAUGCCUGGAAUUGUUCAGCGACCACCUGCUAAAUCACCUUGUCCAAGAAUGGAAGAUUGGAUAGAUCCAAGGCCACUGGCAGCCUUCCUUGAAGUACCUUAUUUCAGGCCUUUUUCCUUCUACCAGAAGGGACAGCCGUAGCUUUCCACCCUCUUGAUCGCAGCUGGACCUCCCAUCAUAAUGAAGACCAGUGGCACUCUUCAGCAGAGGGGAACCUAUGUGCCGUCGAGCCCACUCCCUCAAUACUGGAAGGGGCUGGAACUGCACUCUUAGUUAUUCAGGCUGCUGUUCUCAGUGUGAAUAGAGGCAGUAUUUGAAAAGACACCAAGAAUAAUUCUGACGGAGUGGGGAGGUAUGAAACCUAGGGCAAAAGAUGGCAGCUUGCAAUAUGCCAUAUGAAAGUCUUUUUAGUUUUCAUAAAUUCACCGAAAGCUCACAUUUUAUGGUUGUAUUCUGACAGAUCCAACCCUCAAAGUGGAUGACAGUAAUACUCGCAUCUUGAUUGGCUGCCUAGUGGCCAUCAUUUUCAUCCUGGUGGCCAUCAUUGUAAUCAUACUCUGGAGACAGUUUUGGCAGAAGAUGUUGGAAAAGGUAAGCCUGCAGACAGAUACAGUGCACAUCUGCAUUAGAGACUUAAUUGCCAAAGUCAGCAAGUUACUUCCUCAGGAUUAAGCAUGGCACAUGCAAGUAAGCAUAGAAAUGUGUAGGAAAUGUGAGUUUAGUAUCAAGAUUUGAAGCAACCCAUUCAAGAUCCUUUCAUAACUGAAUAUCUGUCUGUUGAGGAAACCUACUUGUGCCCUUAAGCUGUUUCCUACUCACAAGGGGUAAAAUCCAAGGAACCCAUCUCUUUCUCCCUCCCUCGUUCUACACUUCUUAACUUAAUAGCGUGUAAGUCUGGCCCAAGGAAAAGCUCUGUACGUCUUAAAACCUUGCAUGCACUUGCACCAAUGAAUAUGAUUGAACAGGGAUGUUAAUAUCAGUUCAUAAAGCCAGUCUCUCCCUGUUCUGCCUGUUGUACAGUAAAGAUGAAACCUUGACUUGCUUCCAGGCUUCUCGCCGGAUGCUGGACGACGAAAUGACUGUCAGCCUCUCUCUGCCCAGUGAGUCCAGCAUGUUCAACCAUAACCGCUCCACAUCAUCCAGUGAGCGAGAAUCAAACUCUACUUACGACCGCAUAUUCCCACUGGCUGCAGACUACCAGGAGCCUUCUCGACUCAUCCGCAAGUUACCUGAAUUCACCCCAGGGGAGCAAGAGGCAGGUCAGAGCAACCAGGCACUCUCUUGAUCUUGUUCCCAUAUUUGCUCUGUUACUCUGGGCUAUAAACCCCUAUCCCACCUUCAACAUUUCUUUAUGGGGGUGAAUGAGAUUGAAUUCUUUACUUAGGUACUUUUAUACGUACUGCCUUUCAGUCCCAAAAAAGCCAUCAUAAGGUAGUUUUGUUAUGCUUCUAAAAGCACAAAUUUAUUUUAAAACAUAAAAUAGCAGCCAUCUCACAGAAUAUAUAGAUAAAAGAGUUAUUAAAUUAUAAAUCAACAGCCUCAUUCAGUUAAAAUGAAUUGUAUGAAUUCUCUGAAUUUUGCAAUGUAGGUCUUCUGCCACGUAAUGCAUACAAAAACACAUGUACGGUGGUAAACUGUGCCUAAAAACACAUAUUUUCAAUAUAUAUAUAUAUAUAAAACCACAUUAUGUUGGGAAGCCCUACCCUGAAAAUAUGUGUAAAUAAUGCAGAAUUGCAUACAAAAGUUUAUUAGGAGAAAUUCACACAUGGGUGAAUUUUCAUGAGCACUUAAAAAACAACUGAUGUGCAAAUGUGGAGAACUGAACUUAAGACUGACAAAAUGAGAAACUGAGAAAAACUGAGGUCUGCCCAUCCUUAAUUUGGCAUCCAAAGAUAACUUAAUGGCAGCAGGCGGUCUUCCUGUUGGCAAACUCCAAAUACACAACAGGGCCUGGUCUUGGGUCACCCCUGCCAACAACUUGCAGCUGGGCCCAGUCCCCUCAAUAUUUCUCACCCUGACCGCCUGUCUUCCCUCCUUCCUCUCUCACUCCCUCGGUUGGCGCAAGGUCACGCCGGCCUGUGUAGCAUCUCCCUAGAGGAAGGCUGCCCUGCCCUGCACAGCGUUGCGAGGUGCAUGUGAUGUCACACAUUGCAUGUGUGACAUCACAUGUGCGCGCCAGUGCUCUUCAGUUUUGGGGGCAACCUGGAGUCUGUGGUGCCUGCACAAAUCUCCUUACUGUAUGAAUAACAGAAACAGAACUUACAUAAAAUAAAGAAUAAAGUUCUUAGUAUCCAUAAGUUGCAGCAUUCAACAUUUUUAUAUACAGUAUGUAUAAAUAUUUUUAUUUAUGUGAAGAGUAAGCAACAGAAUACAAACAGAAGAAAAAGAAAGAAAAAAACUUCCCCAACAUAGGAGCUAUGGCAUAAUAAACAUAUCCAGAAAGACACUGCAUAAAUUACUGGUAUCUUGCUAUAAUAAUAAAAAAAGUCUAAUGCUGUCCAAAGUUCAUUUUAUUGAUUCAGCAUUUUAUAUACCACCCUUCAACUGAAGAUCCGAGGGUGGUUUACAGCACAAAUAUACAAAGUGAAAACGCAAAAUACUUAACAGCCACAAAAACCAAUAACCCCCUGCCACAAAGUCAUUUAAAAGACCAUUAAAUUGUUUCAUCAGUCAAAGGUCUGGUUAUAGAGGAACCUUUUUUCUUGGCACCUAAAGAUAUGUAGUGAAGGCGCCAGGUGAGUCUCUCUGGAGAGAGCCAUUCACAAAUGGGGAACCACCACAGAAAAGGCCCUAUUCUUGUGCUGCCACCUUCUGGACUUCUCAUGGAGCGUGGCACAUGAAGAAGGGCCUCGGGUGAUGAUAGCAGGGUUCGGGUCAUAUGCACAGAGGUGGCCCUUGAGGAUUGCAGCCAAAGACCCCAAAGCAUAUUUGGCUGAGACCCUCUCCUCUACUUUCCUCCCUUCCCAGGUUGCAGUGCGUCUGCCAAGCCAGCCCAGCCCGGUGCAGCUGAAGGGGUUCCCCACUAUGCAGAGGCAGACAUUGUGAACCUGCAGGGGGUGACAGGCAGCAACACCUACUCUGUCCCUGCAAUCACCAUGGACUUGCUGUCCGGCAAAGAUGUGGCUGUGGCCGAGUUUCCUCGAAAGCUGCUGACUUUCAAGGAGAAGCUGGGAGAAGGCCAGUUUGGAGAGGUGAGUUCACGGCUUGCUCCUUACAAUAUGUGUACCUUCCAGCAAGGAUUGCAGGAGCCGGAGAUGGAUGAUAAAAGUAUGGCAUGGUCUGGUCAUGGAGAUAAGAGAAAGACUCAGCUGGACUGAGCACUAAGGCAAGAAGGCCAUGAGCAGAAAAGAAAAAGGAGUUGGAUAAACUAUGGACUGGGAUAGAAAUGCCAAGAUGUUCUGAUCAGGGGUGCCAGCUAUAGGGGACAGAGGGUGCUUCAGCCCCCUCAAUAUUUUGAAACAGGGGGCUGAGCCCCCCCAGUAUUGAGGGGAGGGGGCUGCCACCCCCCGCUGCUCCUGGGUGAGGUUGGGGUGGGAGGUAAAGAGGGCGCUUUCCACCCUCUGGGCCCCCCCGAUGGGAGUGUCUGCCCACCAUUCACGGCAAUCGCCAGAGUGCCUUCCGCACAACAGGUGCCCCCCCAAUGUUGGGCCCAACUUGCCAUGCCUGGUAAGGAUCUUAAUUCAUUGGGACAGGUGAUAUCAUCCUACUGGACAUUGAAUCGGCUAAUAAUGGGUGUCUAAUAAUAACAGCAAUUUUUGUUUUGUCCAUGGGGUGGGGCUAUGAAACUUUCUGUGUUGCUCAUCAGUAAAGGAGAAGUCCCUCCAGACCCACCGUCUUGGCCCUGGGACUGUGGGUGCCCCGGGCCACGCCCACCCCAUGCGCACGUGUCUCUGGCGUUAGCACAGCUACUAACAUCAUAACUACAUAAACAUGUGGUUUAUGUACUUAUGUAUGUGUGCUUACCUUGUGCACUUAUGAAUAUUCAUUUUAUUCAUGAUACCUUAGAAUUCCUAUAACACUUAGAAUAUGUAAACAGAGAAGAGAUUGUUGCUUCAACCCAAGCCAAUCCUGCUUCUCAGCCGGAUGAACUGGUCUCUGGAUUGGGCAAUAUUAAUACAGGCACAGAUUUGUCCAGUUUUCUAAGCUAUUGCUUGUUUACUGCUUAGACUUCAUUGUACAGCUCAGUGAUUAAGGGAAGAAAUGCUGAAUUUACCGGAACAGUGUCUGGUUCCUGAUUUCAUAGAAUCAUAGAGUUGGAAGAGACCACAAGGGCCAUCGAGUCCAACCGCCUGCCAAGCAGGAAACACCAUCAGAGCACUCCUGACAUAUGGUUGUCAAGCCUCUGCUUAAAGACCUCCAAAGAAGGAGACUCCACCACACUCCUUGGCAGCAAAUUCCACUGUCGAACAGCUCUUACUGUCAGUAAGAGGUUCCUAAUGUUUAGGUGGAAUCUUCUUUCUUGUAGUUUGGAUCCAUUGCUCCGUGUCCGCUUCUCUGGAGCAGCAGAAAACAACCUUUCUCCCUCCGCUAUGUGACAUCCUUUUAUAUAUUUGAACAUGGCUAUCAUAUCACCCCUUAACCUCCUCUUCUCCAGGCUAAACAUGCCCAGCUCCCUUAGCCGUUCCUCAUAAGGCAUCGUUUCCAGGCCUUUGACCAUUUUGGUUGCCCUCCUCUGGACACGUUCCAGUUGAUGUUACUUCUAUCAAAUACACAAGUGAUUGUAAAGAAAAAGACUAUGCCUAUAUUUGUCUGCUUGUCUAUACUCCUGAUUGUGGAGCACUUGUCCUUGGUGAUAUAUUUUUCUGCGACUUUCCAUUGUGCUACUAGGUCAAUGUCUGUUGAAGUACCACUGUACUUUGGCAAUGCUCUCCUCGUCUGUCACUGCUGACCUUCUGGAAAUGAAUGGAGGGUGUUAAUUUGGAGGAGAAUUAUGCAUAAUAGGGGAUGCGGGUGGCUUGGGACGCGGGUGGCGCUGUGGGUUAAACCACAGAGCCUAGGACUUGCUGAUCAGAAGGUCGGCGGUUCGAAUCCCCGUGAUGGGGUGAGCUCCCGUUGCUUGGUCCCUGCUCCUGCCAACCUAGCAGUUUGAAAGCACGUCAAAGUGCAAGUAGAUAAAUAGGUACCGCUCUGGCGGGAAGGUAAAUGGCGUUUCCGUGUGCUGCUCUGGUUCGCCAGAGGCGGCUUAGUCAUGCUGGCCACAUGACCCAGAAGCUGUACACCGGCUCCCCCAGCCAAUAAAGUGAGAUGAGCGCCGCAACCCCAGAGUCGGCCGCGACUGGACCUAAUGGUCAGGGGUCCCUUUACGUUUACCUUUAUGCAUAAUAGUAGAAACUGAUAACUGCUUCACUGCAUAUGCUGCUCUGUCAGGUGUCCACUAUGAUCAACUGCCCAAUAAAAUAAAAUACAAAAUCACAGGCUCAUGUGACCCACCUUAUUUUUGCGAUUGUGGAGUUUUUAAACUGCUUUUAAUAUUGUAUUUUACUUAUUGUAGCCUGCCAUGGAAGCUGUCAUUAAUAAUAAUAAUAAUAAUAAUAAUAAUAAUAAUAAUAAUAAUGACAGCUUUUCUUUUAAUAGCCACAGCUUCCAGCAAACAAUUCCCAGGAUUCUCUGAGGGAAGACAUGCACUUUAUAUUUAUCUUAUGGAUCUGAACAUAAAUACCAGCGCAAAUUAAACUCUGCUUUUCACCACAGCAGUGACAAUACAUGGACACGGUGACAGUAUCACCACCAAUGAUGGCUUUCAAUUUUUACUGAAAGUUCAGGUUUUAUUUAUUUACUGAUUUUUAAAAAAAUGUACCCUGCCUAUCAAGGAAAAUUUUAUUACCAGGGUGUAUAAUAAUAAAGGGGGACGCGGGUGGCGUUGUGGGUUAAACCACAGAGCCUAGGACUUACCAAUCAGAAGGUCGGUGGUUCAAAUCCUGGCAACGGGGUGAGCUCUCGUUGCUCAGUCCCAGCUCCUGCCAACCUUGCAGUUCGAAAGCACAUCAAAGUGCAAGUAGAUAAAUAGGUACCGCUGUGGCGGGAAGAUAAACAGCGUUUCCGUGCGCUGCUCUGGUUCGUCAGAAGCGGCUUAAUCAUGCUGGCCACAUGACCCGGAAGCUGUACGCCGGCUCCCUUGGCCAAUAAAGCGAGAUGAGCGCAGCAACCCCAGAGUUGUCCACGACUGGACCUAAUGGUCAGGGGCCCCUUUACUAUAAUAAUAAACCAAUUUAAACUACAAUGCAUAGGAAUAACAAUAUAGAAACAAUUAGAUAAAACAAAAGUGAGUACAGUAUCACUCUUUAAAAGACCUGAACAAAUGAAGUUACUCCAGGGUUUUUUCUAUCACUGUUCAUGUGGCAAGGCAUUGUUUAUUAUAGUGCGCAGGCUCAUCUCACUAUCCUUUCUGAUAAACAAUUGGUUUUGCAUUUUUGUUGUGUCUCCAAAGCCUAUUUGAGCAGAGGUGACCGUGGGACAGAAGCAAUAUGUGUGUUCAUCAAGUUCCAAACUGCUACUAUCAUAUCACUUUCAGCUCUCUUAAAAGAUAAGUGGUAUGACAGAACCACUGCUGCCCUUUGUGUUCAAACAUUUAUUUUGCUCCAGUGUUAUCUCAGGUCAAACAAUUUUGCAGAUUUUUGAAAUGUUUUAAAAUUAUACCUCUAUCUGUCAUGCCAGCUACAAAAUCAUAGAAUUGUAGAGUUGGAAGGGAUCACAAGGGCCAUCUAGUCCAACCCCUGCAAUGCAGGAAUCUUUUGUCCAACGUGGGGCUUGAACCCAUAAUCCUGAGAUUAAGAGUUUCAUGCUCUACCAACUGAGCUAUGUAGCAUGCUGGACAAGCUCUGUUGGUCCUUAACUUUGAUCUUGUGCAGAUACUUUUGGGUAGGGGGUGAGGGGAGAGACACAACAUAUGUGUUCAGAAAUCUCUUUGCAUUUCUGAAAAUCUCUGUGUAUUUCUGCUGCAUGUUUCUAGGAGUGCUGUUACAUUGCUUGAUUAACCAACUUAACUGAUUGGUUAUAAAAACGGGUCCAAUAAAAAGUGGUUCCCUGUCCCUAUCUCCCCACUGGAAACAUAGGGAUAUGUUAAAGUUUAAUGUGUGCAUUAUCAAUUAGAUAACGUGGCAUGUGAACCCUUAAAGGGAAACAGCGAUGACCCAGCAGCUCAGUCCUGGAGAGCCAGCUCAGGGCUCAUCUGCCCUUACCUUUUGCCCUGCCCUUUCUAGGCACAGGUCUGCAGUUUAAAGCCCCGUAUCUGAGCGCUUUCCCCCUGCCUUGACACUUUUGCCAGGAAAAUGCGCUCUUUAAUGCUGAAUCGGAACAAACAGCAAUUUGGGUUUUCUGCAGAUUGCUGUUUGUUCCGAUUCAGCGGUAAGGAGAGGGUUUUCGUGGGGAGAGUGCCAGGGUGAAAAAAGAAAAGUGUGCUUAAACGUGGUGCUUUAAAGCACGGACCUAUGACUAGAAACACAGCACAAAAGGAGGUCUGGAUGAGCCCUCAGAGGUGUGGCCUGGCUCUAGGAAUUUGUUAUUGCUCUGUCCGACUCCCAGGCCUUGAGAAAAACGUUUGUUUUACCAUAUGUUUAUGGCAAGUUUCUGCGCAAACGACAAAGGACAAAAAGUAGUCUUUAGGCCCCCACCGUUUGAGGUAAUUGCCACUGGCCUUCUUAGGGCUCAUACACUUAGCUUUUGCCUCAUUCUUUCGAGACACAGCUCCAUACUUAAAAGCUCUGUGUCUGAGCGUGGGGGGGGGGGUUGCCCCCCCAAACCUCACAGAAACCCGCUCUUUAAAACUCAGUCAUUGCAAAUGCCAAUUUAGGUUUUCUGCUGAUUGCCUUUUGCUCUGAUUGAGCUUUGAAGUUCACGUUUCACAGGGAAACAUCCAGAACAAAAAUGAUGCUCCUCAGAGAUGGAGCUUUUAAGAGCAGAGAAAAAGUAACUGUGGAUAAACCCUUACAUUUCAUUUCCCCUGAACUCAUUCUUCUGUUUCCCCCUCCAUGUCUACAUGUGCUUCCCAAUGCAGAAUUGCAAUUCAUUUCUCUGAUGAGGUUGAUUGUGGUCCACCAAAAGCUCAUGCUAUAAUAUCGAUUCGGUAUUUCUAUUCUGCUUUUCAACAACAAAUGCUGAGCUCCAAGUGGCUCACAAUAAUCACAGUAGCAUUAAAACAACAAGCAUUGCACUCAUUGUACUAUCAAAUACAAUAAUAAAAAUAUUAUAAAAUAAAGCAAACAACAAAUUUAUAAAAAUGAUUAGUACAAUUCAAUAAAGUCAUAGUAAUUCAAAAUAUCAGAAAACGUCAGAAAUCAUUCAUCAAAAUGAUUAAUACUGUUCAAUAAAUACGGUAUGUUAGUUUUUUAGGUACCACAAGGUUUGGGAAGCUACAACAAACCAACAAGACUACAGUUCUGGAAAACGACUCAAAGUAAAAACUUCUCUGCCUCCUCACACUAAUCGGAGGCUAUCUAAACCCUGAUGGGUAUUACAUGCCAAUACUAGAGAACUAUAAAGCAAAACAUCAGUAUUCAUCUGUUAAAUUCCUGAUCCCCAGCAAAUUUAGGCAAAACUAGUCAUAGAUCCAUUUAUGGUCAUCCAGGCACAAAAAUUCACACCACCAGAUUGUUUUAUUUCAUACAAAAUAUGAAGAAGCUCAUCUGAUUGGGUCACUCAGCCCUGGGGCUGAUAUCAGUCUGGUCAUGUUGCCUCUCUCUAAGAUCCUUGGCAGCAACUUUGUUGUGUCUGGGGAGCUUUCCAUUAUGGAUAAGGGGACUUCAGUGGAGUGAUAACACAACCAGAAGAUAACAACCAUCUGUCUGUACAGGAAAUUCACAAGCAAACGGACUCUCAAAUUGGCUGCACAGCACUUUGAACUCAUUUCUACUCCAGAAGCAGAGGAGGAAGUGGGGGGGAGGAGAGUUGAGUGGGGAGCGGAAGGCCAUUCUCAUGAUCUUGCUUUUUUUUUUUAAGUCCAACCCUUCUCUCUGUGAGAGCUAUUUGCCAGACCAUUUCUGCUUUGCUGCCUUCCUUCCAGGUCCACCUGUGUGAAGUGGAAGGAGGGAUGGAGCAGUUUGUGGAGAAGGAUUUUGUUCCGGACGGCAACACCAGCCAACCUGUCCUCCUGGCUGUGAAGAUGCUGAGAGCUGAUGCCAACAAGAAUGCCAGGUGCUUGGGAGGCGGAAGACAGCUGUAGCAGUCCUAAGAUCAGUUACAGCAGCUCCUUUACCCACAACCAGACCAAAAACAAACAGAAUAACGUAAACAGAGCCCUGCUGGACUAGAACAAAGGCCCAUCUGGUCCGGCAUUCUGUCCUCCUGGUGCCCCACCAGAUGCCUAUGGGAAGCCCGGGUGCAGGCAGGUUUCCUGCCCUGCUUGGGAAAGGAAUCUUGAGUAAAACACACCAAAAGGCUCUUAACCAUUUAUAAUUACAGUACAAAAGCAUUAGGUGAAAUACAAAGUAUGUUCAAAACACUUCAGAUACAUUUUAUUGCCAUAAUCCUUAAAUUAACACUGUGAGGUAGGCUGGUAUUGGUAUCUGCAUAUUAUAGAGAGUGCAGGAAGUGAGGCCCCGGAGUGUGACUGGCCCAAGGCUAACGAGAAGGUUCAUGCUAGACUCGAGGCAUGAUUUGAACCAGGGCCUUUCGGAUUUUCAGCUCAAGGCUUUCAGGCCCUGGGCCACAUCCAUUCCCCAUGCUGGAUUUAAUUUCACUUUUAAUAUGUAUACUGCCUUUCUAUAUUACUAUACACAAGGCAGUUUACAAGCUGAAAAACAACAAAAUAUACAACAAAGAUGACUGAUGUUUUAAUGUAUUCUUAAUCUCUUGUUGGAAGCUGCCCAGAGUGGCUGGGGAAGCCCAACCAGAUGGACAGGGUAUAGGUAUAAAUUAUUAUUAUUAUUAUUAUUAUUAUUAUUAUUAUUAUUAUUAUUAUUAUUAUUACACACCUUAUAACAAUCUGAUAGGAUACAAAGGAUUCAUAAUAAAGACAUAGUAACUUUAAAACAAACAACUUUUACCAAAUAAAGCUGUAUUCAAUAAUCCAUUAGACUAUAACAGUACAAAAUAAAAUUAAUUCUCAAACUAUCGGCAAAUAAUAAUCAGAAACUCACUCUUAACAAUUAUAAUAAAUGAUUACUAAACUAUAAUCAAGUAAAAUAACAGCAAGUGACAAUGCAUAAAAUACCACAAUACAUACAAAACCAUGGAAACUGAAAAACUGAAAAACAAAGACACACAAUUUUACAAAAUUAUAAUAAUUUUGUUUCUGAAAGGAAUGACUUCCUCAAGGAGAUAAAGAUUAUGUCCAGGUUGAAGGACCCCAACAUCAUCAGGCUGCUGGCCGUGUGCAUCACUGACGACCCCCUCUGCAUGAUCACUGAGUACAUGGAGAAUGGCGACCUCAACCAAUUCCUGUCUCGCCAGGAGCCCCAGAGCUUGUCGGAGUGCUCCACCCCUUCUGUCAGGUAGCUAAUGAAGGCUGUGUGAGUGCUGGGUCCUGCCUCCUCUGUGUGCAGGCCUCCUUUAGGUGGCAGCUGUUCCACAUUCUGACUCCACAAGCCGCUGAGCUUGUGUGUGUGCAUGUUGUACUGUGCUGCACAAAAGGGCUCAAGGUGCAGUCCUUGGGCAUUUCCCCCCGAGCCUUUACUGGAGCAAAGGGGGGUCCUCAUUAUCCCUCUUCUGCCCCCCAGCAAGUAUUUGAUUCCCACCCAUUUCAUCCCACCACAUCCUGCAGCCUUGUCUGGGGAGACAACAAAAUCAACGGCAGAGUGGAAGGGCUUGGUAAAAGUACUUUCUCUCAUUUCACAUUUCUCUCCAGGCCUUUGUCCAUGAUGGAACUCAGAGCAGCAUAUCUGAGUCUUCUAGUCAGUGUCCUCUCCAGGCACUGGUCAGAACCAGACCAGCUUCACUUCGGGAAGGUUGCUGCACCCUGCAGGUUCAGAGUGUGGCAUCCUGGGAUGGAUCCAUAGGAUUUGCUAGUUGGGGAGGAAGACUGAGGUUGCUAAGGCAAGAGCUUGAAGGGGAGGACAUACUGUCUGCAUUAGGCAGAGUUAUUUUGGAGAGCAGGAGACCUUCAGGCAGAUGAGGAUGAUAAAGUGGGAAGCUGAGAUCUAUCAGAAAAAGAGCAGGAAAGGUGUAGCAGAGACAUGGAAAAACUAAGGGUAGGAAGAGAGAUACAGUGGUACCUCGGGUUAAGUACUUAAUUCGUUCCGGAGGUCCGUACUUAACCUGAAACUGUUCUUAACCUGAAGCACCACUUUAGCUAAUGGGGCCUCCUGCUGCCGCUGCUGCUGCCGCCACGCCACCGGAGCAUGAUUUCUGUUCUCAUCCUGAAGCAAAGUUCUUAACCUGAAGCACUAUUUCUGGGUUAGUGGAGUCUGUAACCUGAAGCGUAUGUAACCUGAAGCGUAUGUAACCCGAGGUACCACUGUACUGUACUAUCUGGGGGAUUUUGAAUUAUAGGGAUCAGUGUAAAAGAAAAGCAUCAUCUAGUUUUUCUUGUUGCAAGGCCAACUCAGCCAUGUAUUAAGUAGCCUUCACAACUGCAUGUUAGGGCUUGCCAGCACUUGCAUUUGCCCUGCCCCUUUCUCCUGGGGAGACCCUCUAUUUGCGGCUGAAUCGGAACAAGCAAUAAUUGAGUUUGCUACAGAUUGAUGUUUGUUCCAAUUCAGCGGUAAAUAGAGGGUUUUCCUGGGGAAAACAGUGGAACAAGCAGAAAACCUCUCCGUCCCGUGCUUGACGGGCCCUGUAUCUCCCUCUAGAUUUACCCACCUAAUUAGUAAUUCAUUCAUUCCCAAUUUCUUCAUCUUCUCUUGUAUUUUUCUGUCUGACGUAUUCCUUAGAAGAGGGACAUGAAAUAAUCUUCUAAGUGUCUAAUGACGAUGAUAAAGUUGGUAGACAAAAGAAACUGGCACUGGCAGAUGCUGGCACAGGCAGACAAGACAAGGAUUUUUAAUUUGUGUACCUAUUAUGUUACAAAGUGUCUAUGUUUGUAUGAUUUAGAACUACGCACAGCUGAUGAAGCCCCUUCGGGCGAAACAGGGGAAUAUCCAGGAAUAUCCAGGAAAAAUACAAGAGAAGAUGAAGAAAUUAGAAAUGAAUGAAUUACGGCACUGACAAAAUAGGAUUUAUAUUUUGUAAAUAUUGGAUUUGGUUGUCAACAGAAUAAGCUACAUUUUAAUAUAUUAUGUCAUGAUGUUGAUUUUGUUACUAUGAGAAACUGUAUUUAAUUUUUUAGGAAGUAGUUUCUAGUAAAUAACUUUGCAAUUGCUAUCAUACAGCCUAUUACGUUUACGUGUUUUUCCAUUUAAAAAAACAACAUAUUUUGGGUGGCAGCAGUUUGACAGGAAAGUAGCAAGGGUGAAAAGGUUAAAAAAUGGCACCAUAGUCCCAUCUGGAUCACCUCCCCCGGCUGCUUUUUUGAAAGAUUGAAAUGCAACCCUUCUCAAGCCUGCAAUUUAAAAACUCCCUCAGUGCAGUCUGACCUCUGGGUGGCUGUCCCCCUGCCUAGACAGGAAGGAAGCAUGCUUUCUGCAGUUUGGACACUUGGCUGGCCACAAGCCAUUCCUUCUCUGGUGCUUCUUAUUUCCUUCAGCUAUGCCAACCUGAAAUUAAUUGCCACACAGAUUGCUUCUGGCAUGAAGUAUCUGUCCUCCCUGAAUUUUGUCCACCGCGAUCUGGCUACACGCAACUGCCUGGUAGGGAAGAAUUACACAAUCAAGAUUGCUGACUUUGGCAUGAGCCGGAACCUCUACAGUGGAGACUACUACCGGAUCCAGGGCCGGGCUGUGCUCCCCAUUCGCUGGAUGUCCUGGGAGAGCAUCCUUUUGGUAAGCCUCAUCUUGCACUUCUUCUUAGAGCUGGUGACUGCAUGGAGCCUGGAUUCAUCCUUUCUGUACCGAAAAGCCAAAGACUUGUAUAUAUGGGAAGGAAAGGAGGAGAAUGGGUCGUGGGCUAGGUGAAUAUUGAAGGUACACAUUCUUAAGGUUUUUAAAAAUUAUACUUUUAAUCAAGUUUGUGGAAUCCAGUUUGAUACCAUGGUUGGCUUUGUUAGCAUCCUGCAGGAAUACAAAUUAGAAUCGCCACUCUAUUUUUAAAGCAUUCCUUUGCCCCAUCAUGCUUUUAUUUCUCUGAUUGAACACAGGCAAUUGACCUUUCAAGGGUUCCUUCUGAUAGCAAACUCCCUGAUGGUGACCACAGAAAGGAGAGCUAAAUUUGGCAAAGGCCUGGAAAUAACAGCUUCUUUCAACAUGCCCUGCAAUUCCAGCUGUGCUUCUCCACCAAUGAGGGACUGAGAACUAGACUACCAAACUAGACUGCCCCAUAGCCUGAAAAAGUGUCUUCUGCUGUUGCCACAUAUUUUUCUCCUGGAAGUCUCUUUGGGCUCUUGGGAGAUGUACAUCCCUGGAUGUUUGUAAGUGCAUGUUCCUAAAUGGUGUGCUUUCUUUCUCCCUCUCUCCCUCUCUCCCACCCACCCAUUUAUCCACCCAGGGCAAGUUCACCACAGCAAGUGACGUGUGGGCGUUUGGUGUGACACUCUGGGAGACUUUCACCUUUUGCCGCGAGCAGCCAUAUUCUCAGCUCUCAGAUGAACAAGUCAUUGAGAACACAGGAGAGUUCUUUAGGGAUCAGGGACGGCAGGUAUGGAAACAACAGGAAAUAGGAACAAACGAAAUCUACCAGGUCAUCUGCUCCAUUAUGGGACACUUGCAUGUGCUUUAGGUGAAAAAGAGGACAGGACUACUGAACUUUUAAGAGUGUUGCAUGCAAGAUCCCAGGGACUUACCCAGGGUUCUGUUUCCUUGAAAUUAGGGACAGUGGAUGCUAUGACAUCUUUAUAAUACAGUGGUACCUCGGGUUAAGUACUUAAUUUGUUCCGGAGGUCCGUUCUUAACCUGAAACUGUUCUUAACCUGAAGCACCACUUUAGCUAAUGGGGCCUCCUGCUGCCACCGCACCGCCGGAGCCCGAUUUCUGUUCUUAUCCUGAAGCAAAGUUCUUAACCUGAAGCACUAUUUCUGGGUUAGCAGAGUGUGUAACCUGAAGCGUAUUUAACCUGAAGCGUAUAUAACCCGAGGUACCACUGUAUAUAGUUUAUUUACACAUAUAUGCAACAUGAGCCUAAGAUGAAGAAGUUUACAGCAUCAACACCCCAGAAGGUCACAUCUUUGGAUUCCCACAGAAGUCAAGUGUGGCUUCUUCCAUGACCCUGCUUCCAGCCCAGCUCUCACAUCCCCCCCCCUAAUAAUUACAAGGGACUCAGGCAUCGUGCACGCUGAACCCCCAAAUGCACAACAAUACUUUAGUUGGUUUAUAAGCUGCUUUCCCACCGUGAAUUUUAUCCGAAGCACCUCACCACAAACACCAGCUUAUCAAAGUACCAAACAUCCCCCUCGCAAAAAAUGUUUACAAAAUGUAUCAAUAAAUUUGAGUGUCAAAAAUAUUUACAAGCACAAUAUUACAAAGAAAUAAUAUAAUCUUAAGACAGAAAAUGGAAGGUAAUUCCCAUGGCUUCCUUUCCUACCAGAAUUGUGAGCUGUUUUAAAAUAAUUAUAGAUUGUUAACUCUUGCACUUGCACCCAUCCAGCUGGCAUCCCAUAAAUACAGUGUUGUUGUUGUUGUUGUGUGCUUUUUUCCUUGACAGGGACUCAAGGCAGCUAUGGUGCUGUGUUCUGGGGGGGGGGGAGUGGGAGAGUUUGAAACAGGAUAAUAAAUAAGCCAUGAUUAGAUUCUGGAAAGAUUUACAAACCUGUAUUGUUGAAUAGAAAUAUGGGUGAAUGUGGGAUUGAGUGAAUGGGUGCAAUGAAGCAGAAUAUUAUUACUGGAGCUUUAAAAAAUGGAGAGUCAGAAAAAUGGGUGGGAUGGGAAGAAAAUCAGUGUGACACUUCUGCUAGAAUGAAGAACGUGGCUUCCAUUCUUCUAAUGUAAAUGAGAAGGGGAAAGAUGCUCUUCCUUACCUAGUUAUGAUGAGGAUGAACACAAUGAAGAGGAAACAUACUUUUUGAGCCCAAGUACAGUAUAAAUCAGGGACGCGGGUGGCGCUGUGGGUUAAACCACAGAGCCUAGGACUUGCCAAUCAGAAGGUCGGUGGUUUGAAUCCCCGCGAUGGGGUGAGCUCCCGUUGCUUGGUCCCUGCUCCUGCCAACCUAGCAGUUCGAAAGCACAUCAGUGCAAGUAGAUAAAUAGGUACCACUCCGGCGGGAAGGUAAAUGGCGUUUCCGUGCGCUGCUCUGGUUCGCCAGAAGCGGUUUAGUCAUGCUGGCCACAUGACACAGAAGCUGUACACCGGCUCCCUCGGUCAAUAAAGCGAGAUGAGUGCUGCAACCCUAGAGUCGGCCAUGACUGGACCUAAUGGUCAGGGGUCCCUUUACCUUACAGUAUAAAUCAGGAAAUCUGUGAUCUUCCAAAUGAUGUUUGACUUCAACUCCUAUUCUGUCUAUUGGAGCCAUGCACAUCUGAAGCACAUUUCUCCCCUCAAAAAAUUCUGGGCACUGUAGUUUAACCCACACAGAGUUACAAUUCUCAGCAACUCUUUGCAUAGUGCAGUGCCCAAAAUUACAGGUGAAACUCAGAAAAUUAGAAUAUUGUGGAAAAGUUCAUUUAUUUCAGUAAUUCAACUUAAAAGGUGAAACUAAUAUAUGAGAUAGACUCAUGACAUGCAAAGUGAGAUAUGUCAAGCCUUUAUUUGUUAUAAUUAUGAUGAUCAUGGCAUACAGCUGAUGAAAACCCCAAAUAACAAUCUCAUAAAAUUAGAUUAAAUGAAAUCAGCCAAACAAGGAUUGCAAAUAGAGUAAUAUUGGACCUCUGCAGCAGGGGGGCGGACGCUCAGGCCAGCAGUGAUUGGGGUGGUGGUGGCAAGGCAAGCUGUGGUGGGGAGGGCAAGCGGGCAGGGUGGGGGGAUGGCCUGAUUUCCCAUUUGCACUACGGCAUGUUGACAAUUUUUCACCCCUGUCUGGAAGCACUCCAAGCCUUGAGUAAUCUGGAUUGCCCCACUAGCAGGACCUUCCUUGCCUUGCAGAUCAUGCCAUCUUCUUCUUAGAACAAGGAAGACGAGAGUUCUCGUGUGGUCUACUGGGUAGAGUGAUUGGCCCCGAGUUCAAAUUCCCCCAGAGCCAUAAAAUUAUGUCAGCCUCUGAUUAAUCCUUCUCUCAGCCUCAACUUGUAAGCCAUCCUGGAUUCUUUGGAGGAAAUGGGGCUACAGAUCUGAUUAAUAAGUAAUCAUUAGUAAAUGAAGUAGAUUACUUUCAGCUACAUUCCAGCUCUGCUGUUACAUGCCACAAAUUAAAUCCCCAUCUACGGCUUCUAGUGUCUUUUUGAGAGGGGUUUUAUCUGCCUUUAUUCAGUAUCUAUCCUCUCUCUCUCUUUUUCCUAUUUAAAGACCUACCUUCCGCAGCCUGCCUGCUGUCCUGAUCCUGUAUAUAAGCUAAUGCUCAGCUGCUGGAGACGAGACACCAAAAACCGACCCUCCUUCCAGGAAAUCCAUUGCCUUCUCCAAGAAGCAACCACUUUGUAGUGAUGCCUUUCCUUCAUGCCCUAAAUACUCUGGACUGUCCCAGCCCAUCUGCCCUCAAAAACUUACACAUAGAACUGAAGCCACUUCACCUGGACUCACAAUUUCUUUCAGUAGCGGAGUCGGGACUUUCGUUAUCGGCCACCGAAGGAAAGGAAAGGAAAAAGAUGGGAUCUGACCAGGUCUACCACACAACCUCAUUCAAGGUGCUAUACUUUGGAUUGGCAAAGACUGGGGGAAGGGAUGCUAUUUAUCUUGUAAUGUCAUAGGUUCCGGUUUAUGAAUGGGUUUAGUCUGCGAUGGGAAGAGGAAAACACGACUCUUAUUUUCCUCUGAAGGAGGAACUUGAGAUGUAGUCUGACUACAGAGACUUGAGGUGGGAAUAGGCAAACACAUACACACAGCUAGGAAGAGCGCCAGCACUUUAUGCCCGGGGCUGUGCGUGUGUGUGUGUGUGAUGCAGUUCUGCCUGAAAAGAGUAGAAUAUGAUACCGGAUGUAGAAUUUGGCUUCUUUAACUCAGCUUUCAUUUUAAAUAGGAAUAAGUUUUAUGGUCUUUAUUACCGUGUCUAUACACUUGAAAGUGUACGAACAAUGCUUGCUGAAAUCUCAGAAGCCAGAAAAAUCGCUGAGGUAGGUUUCCAGUGGUUUGUGAGACAGUCCUAAUGCACCCCCCCCAAAAAAUUAACCAGAUAUGAAAAAUUGUGCAGAUUUGCCCAGCUUGCACAUUUUACACAAUAAUCAGAAUUUGGAUCACUUUGUGCUGGUUAAAUCUUCUUUUUUAGUGUGGAGUACAGACUGCCUCAAUUUAGGUUUUUUUGUAUGCUAUAUGAAAUAUAGAAAUGUCUCCUCCUAUACAUACACUCCAGAUCUAGAGCUUCUGAGAAUCUCUCGAUUUAUCUAUUUUAGAGCGCAUGAAGAUUUUUAAUACUGUGUACAGUCCUGGUUUCUCCCAUCUCAAAAGGGUUAACAUAGAGCUGGAAAAAGUGCAGCAGAGGGCAACUAAAAUGAACUGGCCAAAGUGGCCAUUUGAGGCACUUUAGAUUAGAAAAUGGCAAGUAAUGGAGGGCAUGAUAAAGGCUUAGAAAAUUAUUCACAGUGUGGAGAACGAUAAUUUUUUCUCACUAUCCCUCAUAAGGCUAGGACUCACAAGUAUGCAAUGAAAUCUAUGGCACAUCAGUUCAAGAGAGUCAAAAGAGAGCGUUAUUUCCUACUAUGGAUAAUUAUCAUAUGGAAUUCAGUGCCACAUGCUUUGGUGAUGGCCACUGGCUUAGAUGACUUCGAAAGGGGAUUAGAUAAAUUCAUCAAGGGUGCAGUCCACAAGUGGCCAUUAGCCAUGACAGCUUCAGGGACAGCUUAUCUCCUAAUUCCGGUUACUGGGGCCAAACAGUGAGGUUCCUGUUUCUGGGUUUCCCAGAAGCCUAUGGCUGGCUUUGGUCUGAUGCUCCAAGUUUCUACUUAUGAGGAUACUUCACUUAUUGCCCAGGCUUCACCUCUCUGUAGCAUCCCAUUCUUUCAUCUUUUUUCUCCAGAGCCUCAAAAGCUCAUGCUCCAAGCUGUUUUGAGAACGGGAAAGGCCUAUCAUUUUGCUUCUAUGAAAUAGCUGCCUUCUGCAGAAUAGAUUCCUGGAAUUGCUUAGUAGGGCAUGGUAGCUACCAAAGAAAAAGGUAUAAAAUUUUAGGAAUUGUUAACUAAACUGAGUAAACCUUGUCACCAAAGUUCCCUGUCAAAAUCUUUGCAUUUUGUACCUUCAGAAUUUGUAGGCUGGCCCAUAAUAACAAUGGAAGAUGCGUAGAGUUGGGAUGUUCAGCUACAGCAGAGUAAGCGGCUAGAUUUAGCCUUCAACAGUCAGGGCAGCCCAAAGCUGCAAAAUCUGCUUUUGGAAUUGGGCUGUAUCUGGAAUCUAGGGAACAGGAGAGCUCUGAAAUAAAGAAGGCUGUCUCCAUACAAGGGUCUCUGCAGACAAGCCCCAUUUUGAGCGGGUCACAGGCUGAUAGUGAGGCAGCAGAGGGGUGGCAGGUGGCUUGCUUGCUGAAAACCAGAGAUAGUAUGAAACCUCUUGAGGUGGCCUACCAUGAGGGGAUAGGAGCUCUUGUAAGGCUCCUACUCAUUUCAGUGAGGUGAAUGGUGAAGGGCUAGCAAACUGGAGGCAGUUGGGUACCAACCAGGGAGCUAGUCUGAAAGCAGCUGAGAACCAAACUAGGCAUGAAGCAGGCAGCUGCAUCUGUACUUACAUACCUCUGCCUCCUUCCCAUAUAAAGUGGGAGGUUGGGGGAGGUCUGAUGAAAGAGCUGGAUUCUUGGUCUUUCCUCCCCUGUAUUAUCUUCCCGUGUUUCAUCUCCCCAGCCAAGUUCACUUUUGGCAUCGGACCAAAGCCGGGAGAAAAGUGUCUGAAGCAGCAGAGUAAAGGGAGGUGAACCUGAGGAGUGAAGGAGAGAGCCAGCUUCUCUCAGAUGCAUGUACCUUUUGUUGUAGAAAAAACCAUCCUCACACGCCCCACACUUUAUACAUGAAAGGGGCAGAUGGGUGAACAAAUGCGACUAUUUCCAUCAUGUCUGCUUUGACCCUUGGCCUGCACAAGUUUCUCAGACUAAAGUGCCAGGCAAAAUGAGUAAGUUUUAUAGGAUCAGGCAGUAAUCUAUUGGCUGUUUGUGUCACCUCAGCCACAGGCCGAUUGCAGGUCUUUUCAGCAAAGUGGCACAAAAAGCAACGUGCUUCAAGACCUCCAGUGCCUUAUGGGAUGUUCCAGUCGAUUAUGUCCCAUAUUCUUCGACAGGGGGGGCGGGCAUCCUGCUUCAAGCACCUAAAUGUGUUGGGCUAGCCUUUUGUGAACGGCAAACAUGCUGCUUCUUUCUUCUUGCAAGGCUUAGUGAGGUGAACCUGUGAGACUUUGUGAUUUCAGAUCUGAAAAUCUUUGACUUCUUGCUCUUCUGGGUGUGGAGCAUGGAGUUGCGACCACAGUCCUAUGGCCUCCAAUGUGGCAAUUCACACGGGUGGAGUGGGAGCCAUCAACAAGCAGAUGAAGCAUAAUAAGGGAUGAAUAGAUGACUUCCUUCUGCAGCAGGACUUGGCACCAACACGUGGGUUCUGAACAAAGUCAAAAUUGUCUCUAUGGAUCUGGAAACCACAGCUCUAAAAGCAUAGUUCUCAAGGUGUGAGGUAGGCUUCUUGGACAGUGCAGAUAACAGAAAAGAGAGAGACAGAUUGUUCCUUGAAACUGCAAGGCCAGUUUGGGGUAUGUUUUGACUGGGCUGAGAGAUGGAUUGCAUCCUUUCACUCCCAGUCAGUCAUGGGUGGCUUGGUGCCUAAUUUCAACAUGUACUAAUAGUUUGCCAAAUGUGUAUGUUUUGCUCUUUCUCUCAUUUGGCACUGCUCUUCACUUUCUUGGGAUCCAUCAUGCAAGGAACCUUAAAUCAUGCUGUGUCAGUCUUCCUUCCUUCCCCUUUGAUCGCUAGCCAAGGACAGGGGGAACGAGCUCUUGCCAGGCUUCCUUUCGGUCUUUGUAUCUUGGGAGGCUCAAGCAUCCCAGUUCUUCUUUUCGGAUUAUCACCAUCGUCAGCAUCAUGUUCUUUGUAUGCUGCCUUUCCUUAGUUAAAGCAAUGCUCAAGGCAGCUUACAACAUGAAAAUAUUUACAUAAUUACGAACACAACUGAAACAAUUAUAAACAAUGAUUAAACACAUCAAAAUGUACAAAUCUGAACAAUUUCCACAUUAAUCAUAAUAAGAUCUAAAAAUCAAGAUAAAAAUAAUAAUAUCUAUAACAGCAACAAAAGCCUUUCGGCACUUUUAGUGGUUGCUUCAUUUAAAUAUAACUUUGUCAGACUUGACGCAAGUCACAGUCUGCGGGGAGAGACUGGCAGAAGUGAGCUGAGGCAGACCUGGGCAGAGUGAAAUAAUCAGGAUAACUGAGGAGUCUUCUUCCUGUGGUGUCAAACUCUCCACAUACCCCUCUAUCCAGCAUCCUGAAAGGCACCACGCUAUUUUCCCUUCUAGAGGAUACAUUCUUGCAAUUGCCAUUUUACAAUUACUUACUAAGAUCUAAAUAUCUCACUUAGAUGUCUGCACAAUCAGCCUGGCUUCCUUCUAUGGGCUUUGCUGCUUCUGAUUCAGUAGCAUUCAGCUACUUUGCAUCUUAGUGACUGCUCAUUUACUCAUACCACAAAACUAAACUAGGGGUGAGGGAAUUUUGGACCAUGAAAUGUGGGGAGGUAAGAUGUGCGUCCAUAGCUCAUUGCCUUCCAAUGUGCUCCUCACUUUUUAAGGAUUUUUGAGGAUUAUUGCACUUUUGUUGGUAGCAUUGGUACGUGCAAUUAAGCACAUGCUUGUUUUAUUUUGUCGCCAAGGGAGUCUUGUAACUAGAUUUUUGAAGCAUGAAAUCGCAGAUAUAACAAAGAAAAACAAACACCAGAAACCCCACCUUUCACGUAAAGAGAAGAAUCUACUUUUUCUCCCAACUGUAAAGUUGAUUUUUUAAUUUUUUUACCAUAGUAACACCACAUUAUAUGCUACAGCUUCCCACCAUUGGUGGUUUAGAUAGAGGUGAAAUAACUCAUGUUUGUAAAUACCUUGCUACCUGAUUGCUUAUGGGAACUAAAAAUUCCAUCCAAGCUCCAGAUCACCAGGUUGGGAAGGUUCUGUAAUCCUCCCCCCCCCCCCCGCCUUCCAGUCUCUCCCUCCCUGCCUUUCUCUCCUAUAAAAGGCUCAGGUGUAUGUAUUUAAGCAGACAUUUUAUGAAAUUAUUCACAAUAUAGGUCAUAUUUGCACUACAUAACAAGUGAAUUACCGAGACAUCAAAUAACACAGAACUGCAGUAUGUCACAAGUGAAGAUGCUGUCUUAACAACAACAAUUUCUUUUUAUAAAUAAUGCUAUUGUAUAUGGGCACAUGUUGGUCAACUCUUCACAAAGCACCUUGGUAGAAGCCUGAUUUAAAAACCGGGCUCAGGGCGGCUAACAGCAAAUAUAAAACACUGAUUAGAAUGCAACUUAAAAACAGCAUAAAGCAGCAUAAAAUACAACAUAAAAUGCAGCAUCAAUAUCAAUAAAAUUUAAAAAUUCAGGGGUCAUUUUUUUUGGGGGGGGGGGAGAACAAAACCCAGUCAGUAGACAUCAAGUGAUCACCAGGGCUAACUGGCCAAGUUGGUCCUACAAGGCCAGCAAGGAGACCAGGGAAGAAUUUAAAUGUGGGGUCCCAGAAAGGGUUUCUUCAUAGAAGAGGACAGGGAAAAGGGAACAGAGGAUCAGGCUAAUUCAAAUUGAAGGCCAGGCAGAAUAGCUCUGUCUUACAGGCCCUGUGGAAGGAGAUCAAGUCCUGCAGGGCCCUAGUCUCGUAGGACAGAGCAUUCCACCAGGUCGGAGAGGUCACUGAAAAAGCCCUGGCCCUGGUGGAGAAUAGUCUGGCUUCCUUAGGGCCCGGGACCUUUAAGCUAUUAUUAUUCAUGGACUUUAGGGUGCUCUGUGGGACAUACCAGGAGAGGUGGUCCCGUAAGUACGAUCUAAAAAGUUUGGGAAAAUAAAAAGAAACAGUUUAUUUUAGAGCAGGUUGUGUAUUGCAUCCAUCACAUUGCAAGUCGUCACCUAUAAGUGGAAGUGGACCUAGCAAGGAACAACAGAUGUUUCAGGGUGGAGGGCUCCUGUUUGGAGUGUGGGCCAGCUCAACCACCUACGUCUUUGUUCAGGAUACUCCGUUCCAUUAACCCCCUCCUAGUUUUCUGACACACACACAACUUUCCCCCAACAGAUGCUCAGCUUUCUGUGGCCACUGAAAAGGGGUUGAUAAAGGGGCUGCCUUACUGUCAGAUCCAAAAUUUGUUGUUGUUAGGGUCUGCUCAGUAGGUGCGGUGAGCCUGAAGCACCGACCCGCCCCCCCCAGGCACAGAGGCAAGUGUGCCCUUUCUCUGAGUACCAGCAAAUGCUAUUAAGUGUCAUGACCACUGCUGAAUAUAGAGGUCACCUAUUGCUGCCAUAGCUAAUAACCACUCACAGAUUUUCCCUGCAUGAAUUUGUGUAAUACCCUUCUAAAGCCAGCAGCCAUCACUACAGCAUCUGACAGCUAAUUAACUAUUAUUGUUUGUUAACUAAAAGGUAAAGGUACCCCUGACCGUUAGGUCCAAUUGCGGACGACUCUGGGGUUGCGCUCUCAUCUCGCUCUAUAGGCCGAGGGAGCUGGUGUUUGUCCGCAGACAGCUUCCGGGUCAUGUGGCCAGCAUGAAUAAGCCGCUUCUGGUGAACCAGAGCAGCGCACGGAAACGCCGUUUACCUUCCCGCUGGAGCGAUACGUAUUUAUCUACUUGCACUUUGAUGUGCUUUCGAACUGCUAGCUGGGCAGGAGCUGGGACCGAACAACGGGAGCUCACCCAGUUGCGGGGAUUCGAACCGCCAACCUUCUGAUUGGCAAGUCCUAGGCUCUGUGGUUUAGACCACAGCGCCACCCGCGUCCCUUGUUCAUUAACUAUGUACCAUAUAAAGAAGCAAUGUCCUGGAACUCCUGCCAACCAGUUUCAUUGGAUAAGCGCAAGUUCUGCUAUUAUUAGCAAGAAAAACUUCUCUUUGUCUCCUUCUUCACACAGUGUAUAAUUUUAUAAACCUCCCAUCAUAUACCGCAUUGCCAGUGACAAAAUGACUAUCAUGGAGGGCAUGUCAUAACACAAAAUUUGAGUGCAGCCACUGUGAAGCUUUUCCCACAAUUGUAUGGGGAAAGGCUUUGGGAAAAUGUUCCUUGGCUUCUUAGCGUAAGACUAAAGGUAAACAUUAUAUUAAUCCUUUUUAGCAUUUUCCUCCAAAAAUAAUGUCAAUAGCAAGCAUAGCCACAUGGUAUCAAAAAACUAAACUCUGUCUUCACACAUUUACAGCAAUUGUAUCAAAUAGAAAACUGGUCUUCAGAGUGCACUUCCAUGUGUGGUUGUGCAUACACACAUUGAUUUUGGUCAUUUUGUAAAUCUCAAAAAUGAUGAUCCAGAGUGUUACAAUGGGUAUGCCUGAGUGGUAUUAUGCUUAUGAAAGUUCCCUCAGAUUCAAAGGUGAUCGGGGUGCAAAACUAGUUGUACAGUUCUUUGGAACCUGGUCUGUUUAUAAUAUGUUGUAUGUUAGGCUUCUUGCUUGUAACGAUAGUACAGUAUUUGUCUUUUGGUUGUACUCCAUUCCUCUCAAUGCAGAGCACAUUUUUCUGAGAUGUUCUGAGCUAUCACUGCAAGUAAUUGGCCCCUCUGCUUUAUAGUGAACACUGGCAGCUGUGUUCCCUUCAUCUCUAGUGAAUAUUAAUGUCAGGCUGCUUAAUAUUAGUUUAUGACUAUAGUACUCAUUCAAAAACAGCCCUGUAUUUUGAAAUGGAGACUUAAAGACCAAUGUAUAGUUUUUUCUUUAUUUAUUCUCUGUAAGGCCACAUUGAACUGUAUUCCUGUAAAAUGAUCCAUUUGUAAAUAAGAUUCUUUAAAAGAAAACAAUUCCUUGUGCUUCUGAAGUGAAAGUGGAGGGUGGUCAGUCCUGAGUUCAUUGAUCAGUCUUCAUGGUUUAAUGGCCUUGCAGAUCUCAGUUUAGCUUCUCCCCAGCACAGUAAUAAUGGGGGGGGGGGCGCGACACUACAUUAAUGGUGAGAAGUACAGUCUAACAGCAAAGUUCAUGUUAAUAAAGGAGGUUAUUUGAGCAGCUGGAAUGAAGACUGGAAUGAAGAACGACUUCUGCCUCACCAACACAAUGUAUGGAGACAUUCAAGGAAUGUAGGGGCAGUAGUUGUGGUCUGCAAUCCACUGCCUAAUGCUUGCCAAAGACACUUCUACCAGCCACUGCCAAAAAAGAGGAAAUGCAAUGUCAAAAAGGGAGAGCAGAUUUACAGAUGCUAAUUUCUAUGAAUAAAAGCAAAUUUAGAAAUAA